AUGGGAAAAAUAGGACUCCCACACAACUAUCAUGAAGAUAAAUUCCUUCUUAGUCCACCAUGUACUCCCAUUGCCCAGCAGUUCGCUAGCUGUGACAAUCCACCCUCAAGGCUCCAUGCAAUUAAUGGUGGGAUGAGUCCUGUAAUAGAACAAGGGGCAUGCCAUUGGCCCUCCUCCUAACGCACCACCCAUGGAAAUCAGGUUAAGUCUAUGUAAAUAAAUAAGGGACCUACCAUUGCUACCCCAACAUUAGUAGUAAUAGGGAAGACUUGCCCCAGAUUCUAUCCAGCCAAUUUAAACACCAAUAAAACAUGAGCACACUAGUGACAGGGGAUAUCCAAUGUUUGUCACAAUACUGAAAAGAGGUCACUCUGCCUUGCUCUUUAUAGGACGUGAUAAUUGUGAAAUUUGAAUACCUUUAACUUGACUUGAAGAACCAGCCAUCAAAUGAGAGGAUAUCUGGUUGACUAGUUUGAACAAGUGGAGGCUUCAAAAAAUAAAUAAAUAUUCUAUUAAAGUCCCCAUUCAUUGCUUACAGUCACUAUUUCCUUGAACACCCAACUGCAAUGUAAGGUGUGGGGGGCAGAGACACAUCUCCCUCAUUUUCGUGGUAUGAAAUAUAUGCUCCAAUCACCAUCUGGAUUUCAGCAAUAUUAUCUGGGUUGGCUAGAAUGUGACGGGCAUUCAUUCAGAUAUAGUGUGACCAAUGUCUAGAUUUUGGCAUCCAAAUGCCACCGAAUUAUGCCAGAUUAUUUUUGGUAAUCCUGAUUUGGGGCAUUCAGAUUUUAGUUAGUAAUGCUAACAGGCACAUUGUGUAAUAAAUUGUGGCAUAUGCAAACCUGGGUAUUUUACAGCACAUAUUAAAAAAUAAUCCCAAUGUACUCUACUAUAUUAUGCAUCAACAUUCAAAUGGAAAUGCCUUUGUAUUAUAUUAAUAAUUAAAUGGAUUUUGUAAGUCACUUAUGGUCACAAUAGUUUUGUGUCAGUUAAUGAUAAAAGCUAUAAAAUAAAUUGUAUGAUAGGCUCCGCAACCCAUAACAUAUCCUUAUUCCGUCUUGUGAUAUUAUCACAUAAAGAAAUAUAGUUUUCUAGCGAGGGGCAGCAAGUUAAAUGCCAGUCAUUUUGAAAGAAAAUGACAUGGUUUACAGUUGAAAAGGUUAAGAAAUUUCAAGUGUCACAGAAAGACCAACACAUUGCUUACUGUAAAUAGGUUGUGACAAUAUUUGGGCAGACAAUAUUUAGACCAUAAUCCACUUUUGACUAAACUCCCUUGUUCCCUAUGUGUCAUCAUACUUCUUGCUUAUAUCUCUUAUUCUUUGGUUACAUGGCCAAAUUCCACAAUUUGAAAAAAUAAGUGAAUAUGAUUGCAUAGGGUGAAUGAUGCACAUUCUUACAAAAUAAUUAUAUAGAGAUAAUUCUUUAUAAGUAUGUAUUUUUAAUAUACAUAAAAUGCCAACUCAUAUAAUUAUGAGUAUUACUUUGUUUUGAUUACUUUGGACACGGUCCUUGGUGGUCCUGUGAGUAGGUACCAGCUCUGGACCUCCAGUGGUGCAGACUGUUCUCUCCUUUCAGGAGAAAUGCUCUGAUAUACUUUAAGGAACAGUUUAUACGGUCUGCACCAGUUGGAAGAUCAGAGCACCAGUUCUCUGGACCCACCUGACAUUUUAGAUAUGAUAUUAUCAACCAGGCCCAUGUUUUUCCAAGAAACACUAUAAAAAAUAUGUUGGGGAUACUUGCCUUUUUCCUGUUUUUUAAUGGUGCUAGAGGCUUACUUUGGUAGCCAAACAAGGUGUGUGUCAUGUAAAUAAGAUUGAAAAAGAAUAAAUAUAUUUUUUGUUGUAGCACAAGAUUUUAAAUUAUAAUUUCAAAAGGUUUUUGUUUUAAUUGGUUAAUUUCUAAUAUCUACUGUUGAAUCAAUCUAGUUUUACUCAAUUGGAUGCUUUUCACAGAGAAGCAUUGAGGACACAUGACACUUGCAUAACUAUUUCCACAAAUCACUGAAUUCAAACCACAAUAUUGGCAUCAACAUACUUUACAUGCUGAUGUCAGAUAUCAAAUAGAUUUAAUUACUGAGUCUAUGUCACUCUAAAUACUCUAUUUGUUUUAUAUCUGACAAUCACUAGUAGUUGGAAACUGCAAAUGUAACACGCCGAUUGCUUAGAAGCAUCACUGUUUGCAACAGCAAGACUGCUGAGGUAGUUCCAAUGCCCCAAAUACUCUCCCUUUAUAACCUCAAAAUUACUGCUAACUUUAAUAAUGAAUCUCAAAAGACUAUCUUCAUUGUCCCUGUCAGAUAAGGAAAAUGUCAUCUAUAUAACUUAGACAGAGGACUAAGCUAAAACCACAGUUAUACAGUUCGAGGUUAAAAAAUUCUCCCAAUAAGACUUAAAAAUUCCAACUUGAAUGGGUACAAAACUUGUUCAGAUCAGCAACCCUGUGAAAUGCAAAAAAAAAGAAACAAACCCCCAAUGAAACCAGAAAACAAUAAAUGAUUAUUUAAUUGACACUAUUUUCUUUAAUAAUUUUUCUAUCUUUCUCUAGAUGAGAAUAUACAGCCUUACAACAGUAUAUGGUCAGUGAUAGCAUUUAAACCACCAAUGUCACAUUCCAAUAUAAAUUUUUGCAUUGGAACAUUUCCUGUAUUUGGAUUAAAUAUCUUGAAUCUUUAAAGUAGCCAGAAUUUAUUUAUUUUUAUUACCACAUGUUGUAAUUGGAUGUCAGUUUAUUAAAAUUUUGCUAGCAAGGAAUCAACCACAGAGACAAUCUCUUUGAUGUUAUUUUCCACAUUCUUGUGUACUUUGGACAAUAUGUUAAAAAAAUUAAAAUAAGGAAUGACUGGACUACUUACAUUUUAAAAAAUAUAUACGUUUAAAAAGAAUACUUUUUAUUUUUCUCUUAUGCAAUAACAUUAUAUACCUGCAAAAACAUUACAUACUUUUUUAUUUUAGAAGUCGGAUCACCUGUUUUUAUAAACUUUUACAUGCUCUACUUGGUCUAACAUAACAUUUCCUCGUCCAAAAGUUACUUCUCUUCUCUACCAGUUUAAUAUCUGGGUCACUAGUUAAAUCCUCAAGGGCCUAUCUUUAAUUAAAAUUCCAAGACUUAAUUUUUUUGCAUGUCCUCUGUAAUAAUUUUCUGAAAUAACUUGCACCCAAUAUUUUUAGCUUUCUGUCUUGAACUGACCUCUGAUUUCUUUUCCAACAUUUUUCAACAAACACCUGUGUUGCAGAAGUGUACACACUCAUUAAACUAAAAAUGUAUUCAUUUUUUUUUUUUUAAUAAAAGGCCUCUGAUAACAACACUGUUGGAGUUUUGCUAUUUUGUAUCACUAAUAUUUGCAGAAAAGUUCAAACUCAAUAAAAAUCAAAUCAACAUACUGCAUGUAGGCUUCUUUAGAUCAUUCAGGGACUAGGGUAUGUUUUUUUUUAAAGAUUUUCUUCAGUUUCCAGCCAUAUUUGACAAUGUUCUAAGGGCUGAUGUCUACUCUGUGGCAAAAUGAGAUAUAAAGUAUGCAUUAUGAAGGGACUAGUAUAAAUUCCUUUGGCACCUUUAAGGUUACAGGUAACCUCUUGGUCAACUCUCGAAUGAACUUUCUGACUUGUCCAAAUGUCAUAUUUGCAGGGACUCUUGAUUUGUGUAAUAUUCUGAAAAGUGCCAUAUUUAUUACCAAUCGUAUGUUCCACAAUGUAUACAAUGGUUAUAAAAUACUUUUAUACCUCACUCCUAUGAUACCUUUAAGCAACAAUGUCCCAUGGAUAUUGUGUUAGCUCCUUAUCACCCACUGCUAUUUCUGCAUUAAGCAACUGUGUUAUACAUGACUUGGAAUGUGAUUGGUGAACACUGAACAGAGAUAGAACUUAUAUUGUAAAGAGUGUGCACACAUGUAAUCAAAAGAUCAGUUUUCUUUUUAUCUGAUUUACCUCUUGUACGCAAAUAUAUAUAUUUAUUGAAUGAAUAAAGAAGUACACUUUAUGAGUGUCACUCUUUAGGGCCAGCUACAUGUUUGACCUGUAUAUUCUUCGCUUUUUUUGCAAAGAGAGCAAAGAGUAUAAGUGUAUUUAAGAGCUAUAUGGCAACAAAAUACAACAUAAUAUAUCAACAGAAAAAAACAAGUAAUGUGUAGACAGUUCAAUGCAAGCAAGAUGACUAAAACCAUCCACAAAAACAAAGUAUAAUAAUCUCUUUCCAAGAGGUCAGGAAUACUGUCAUAUCUGUAACAUUCAGACAUGAUAUAAGAAACAUAGUGUGUAUGCUCAUUUCUCCCUGGUUCAUCAUGGGGAGCCCAUCUUUCUUUAAUUUGCAGAUGUUAUUAAGAAAGAGAUAAAUUGGACAAGAGGGACAAGAUUUUUUGGGAGUUGGGCAGAGUUGUUACAAAAUUGAUUUUGAGCUAAAAAUGCUAGCUCCUACAAAUGUAAAUUUAGAUUUUGAAUUAGGUUAUUUUUUUAAGAACUAGUUUAUGACUUAUAAGCUUAUUUAUAUACUAUUUUUCUCUAUUUAAACCCUGGCUAUUCAUAUACAGCAACACUUUUUACUGUUUCUUUUAUAUAUAGUAUUUUACAAUAACAUUUAUUCUUUCUGGGAUACUUUUAAGGUGCAUUAACGUCCUUGGUAUUGAUUCAUGUGACCCAUGAAGGGGGCACCCCAAUGCUGCAUAUAUAAAGCCUGAAUAUGGCUUUGUUCCAUGUGAGUGGUUCAUUUUAUUGUUCUGUUUACCCAAGUGUCCACCAGAUAUUUCACGAUUUUUACGCUUUUUAUUAGAUAUGAGCAGUAUAUCCCACUGUUCCUGAACUCUAGCAAGGAAAGUAUUACACUUCUGUUUUGUGGAUUUUUUAUUUUUCACCAUGCUGAUGUUGUUCAGUGUUCUCAUUACUUUUAUAUACAAUUGCUAUGUUACAUACAGGUUGAUUGUGAGAAUACCACCUGCACGUGUACUUUCAUUUCAAUGUUGUUAACGUAAUAUGCAAGAAAAUGUCUGAACACUUUUUUUUAUUUUUUUAUUUGUUGUUUUCUCAUGAAAGGAUUUAUGUUUACAUUGCAGUAUAUAUUUCAUUGAGUAUUCAGCUCUUGUAAAUAAAAUAAGCUAUGUUUGUUCCUUGUAGCUCACCCAAUUGCGCAAAUAGCCUUCAAAUGAUCUUAAGAUCACUGAAAAAUGAUUGUUAAUAUCUUGUCGUGUAACCAUACCAACUGCGAAACUCAUUUUGUUCAUGUUAUACUCUAUUAAGCAUGCAAUAAGUUCUAAUAUUGUGGAACCCUUGUGGUAUUACCUGAGAAUGCAGUGAAUUAGGUUACAAUAAUGUGUUCAUAAAGUUAUCUGCUACAAUGUGAUCACCAGGGCAACAGAACUGUUACCAUAAUAAUGAAAAAAAGGUUGAUGCUUGUUAUUAUGCUGGUUUUGCCCUUGCUUUGCAAAGAAACAACUUAAUUUAGUAACCUAUUGAAGCAAUGCUGACAUUUUCAAUGCAAUUGUCAUAGACUUCUGGUUCAAUUAAAAUGUUGUGGAGCAGGUUCCUACUACAACUAUGAUGCAUUAAAUUAAAUUUAAAUACAGGCUUCAGUCCUGUUCAGUGACCAUUAAUUACAUCUCACAUCAAAUUUUUUUUUUUUUAAUUAUGUUUUCUUUUUUUUCAAUUGUUUUUAUUUUCUUAGCCACUUUAUAUCAAGAAGUUAGUCUGAGUUAUAACCCCUAUAGCGUGACAGUCCUGGCAUGUCAUAUCAUGAAUUGUUAAACUGUCUAAAUACACACAAAAUUCAGUCAUAAUUAAUUACUGCAGAUUUGCCUAUUACUAGUUUAAUAUUAUUAUUACACACAUUGAAUUAUCCCGCAAACACAUCUAAUAAAAGUAAUGUGUACAUAUUGAGAAACAAGUCAUCAACCUUAAAAAAAUAAAUGCAUAUAUGAACAUGUUCUUUGAAACAGAUUGACAGUGUAAUGUUUUAUAUUUUUUAUGUUUGAACUCAAUUCAUUUUAUAUGUAAUUUCCUUUUAAAUAAACACUUCAAAAACAGUGUUAAUGAUAUUAAUAUUUUAAUGAAUGUGAAGAUAUUUGAAGAUAUUCAAUAAUUAAUUUUUAUGUUUUAAUAUAUAUUUUUUUUCUAUACAACGAUAUAUUUAUAAAUAUAUAUAUAUAUAUAUAUAUUUAUUUAUACACCCACAUAUGUUACAUAUAUAUUUAUACACCCACAUAUGUUAUAUAUAUAUAUAUAUAUAUUUAUAGAUAUAUAUCAUUGUAUAGAAAAAAAAUAUAUAGAUAUAUUCCAAGUGGAACUGAAACUUCGACUUUUGGAGUAAAGAGAAGUUUCUUCAUAAAAAAUCCUGGGAGUGCUGAUUCUUUUGUCAUAUAUAUAUAUAUAUAUAUAUGUAACAUUGUAUAGAAAAUAUAAAUAAAUACAACAUUUAAUAGAUUCCAUAUUUCAGCUUCCAACUAACUGUACCAUAUACUGUGCAAACUUUUGGGUGAUGGUAACUCACCUGAAACAGGGGCCUCCUUCAUACUCUGACUCACUGUGCCCCAGGCAAUGGAAAGGUUAAAUUAUCACCUUUGAGUGAUAAGAUUAAUGGAUUUGAAAUGGCUGUUAAUACUGAGCUGAAGACAGAUGGUUUUGGGAAAGAUUGUAAAAAGAGCGUUAUAGCUUUUGAUUCUUCUCUUUUAAAAAAACCAUUGCUACUAUCCCCUCGAUGUAAAAGCUAUGUUGCUAUGGAAGCACAGAUGGUACUUAACUCUAGGCUCCAGCAGAAGGUGAAUAAUAGACACACAUUCUUUGUUGAAUAAGCAAGCAGCUGGUUUUCGACACAGCCCAUUCAACAAAGUACAGAUGGGUUGAUUAUUCGAAGCUUUUCAGUGGUCCCCCUUUAUUCACGUAGACACUAAUUACACUGGAUUGUCAUGCAAUGACCUGCACUCAUUCUCUGGAAGCAGUACAUUGUAUUCGGCACACGCCAACACCGCAGAACUGCUUCUCUAUCUCUCCUCGGUUAAAACAGUCAAGCUACUCUUUGCAAAGUACAAACGAUUUUAUAGAUCGGGCUCUUGCGAAGGUGACUUGGAUAUAUUUUGGCAUUAAAAUUUAAUAGUAUCUGCAGCAGAUUUUUCUUCCCCCAUCUUUUUUUUCCAAUGGGUUGUGCUUAUAAGGAGAUCCGUUUACUGAAAAGUGGGAGGAGAAUGACAGACAAAAUCUCCCCUGAAUUUUUUUUUUCCUUAAGACCUAAGCCUCAGCACAAAGGAAAGAUCUGUGUAUUUCACCAGACAUCACACGGUUGGCUGCUGCACCUACUGUCAAAGUGAGAAGAUUUGCCAAGAUCAGGUAAAACUACAGAUAUCCUGCCUUCUCUCCCACUCACGACUAUCAAUCGACUUCAAUGUCUUCAUUUAAGUCAUUUCAUAAUGUUUACAUUUCAAAUCAGUUUUACAUCCUGCAAUAUUUGCAUGACCUGUUUUUAUAUAAGGAUUUUAGUACUUAUUUAUACUAAUCUUUAAUGAACUUAUCAUGAAAAAAAAAAUCAACUAUAAAAAUGGGAAUAACAAUUAACAUUGUGAUUAUUAUUACUAUACUUCACAUAGAAAAACAACUACAUGCAUACACACAUACACCAACAUAGACACACACUUACAAUCUCUAUGGAUUUGGAUUUUUGUUUACUAGAUUUUUCAAACUUAAUUAAUACAAUAUUGAAAAAAAAUUUGAAACCGCAUCUGCACAGCUAGAAUUUAUCUACAAGAAUCAGCAAUACUUCUGCAAGUAGAUAUCUGCAGUAUACAGCAGGCAACAUUUUAUGAAGAUGCUUUUCUAAAGGGAGAGGAAUUAAAUGUAUUUGAAGAUUGGAACAAUCAAACGACUAGCAUACACAUACAGAUAUAUUUGGAAGGAACCUCUAUCUAUCUAUCUAUCUAUCUACUAAUAUUGCUAAGAGAUCUAAUCUGAAGCGCUACCCCUCUACUAAUACUAAUAUGGAUGAGAAAAAUACUUAAGCCAGUAAAGUUAAUGUUUUCAUAUUAUUGUACACCUAUUUUGAUAUUCCUACAUUCAUUGUAGGUAAGCACUAUUAUAAAGCACUAUUAUAUGUUGAACAAUUUAAUUAUUAAAAAACAAAAAACAAACAUGAAUUAAUUUGGCUUUCACAUGUUUAUUACAAUUGUAGAUUAAGAAUUAAAUCACGCAUUCUAAAUUAAAGACAUACAAAUGCAUACACAUGCAUUCUCAAUUAAAGACAUACAAAUGCAUACACUUUUUGCUACAGAAAUUUCAGUGGACUUAUUAAAACACUGCAUACAGACAUUAACCUUUCAUUUUCAGAUAGUUUUAUUCCUGAAUCUUUUUUUCAUAUACAGUUUUUUUCAUAUUUAGAAUUUAAUAAAUCAGAAAUGCAUAUUGAAAAAAAUAUAAUGCAUUAAUAAGUAAAUCAUUUUCUACUUUUUUGUAUUUCAGAAUUCCCUCCAGAGUAUUUCUAUUUUAAUUUACACUGAUCGAAAGGUAAAUAUGUUUCCAGAUGCUUGUCUAUUACAAUACUUGCAAAGCAUUACAUUUUUUUCCAGCAGUUGAAAUGUUAACACAGUGAGACUCAUUAUCUCCAAGUAUCUUUUCUGAUGUGUGUAACAGUACACCACCAUUUUCUCUUACAAUCGUGGAUACAGGCAGUUUGUGAUGGCAUUGCAGAGAGAUACAUGCCAGUUUAUUUAUAUCCUGUUUCACUAGCAUAAAAUAACACCCGAUCAUACAGAAUACCAAUCGUAUAAAUAUAUUAUGUACGUACAUUCGAGAAUAUUAUGUUUAAUACAGUCACAUGUACACACACUGAUAUAUAGAUAGAUUGAUUGAUAGAUAGAUAGCAUUAUGUUUUCCAGGAGAAUAUCUAUUAUUCAUUUUAAGUGCAUGAACACAAAUAGUUUAGUAUGCCUUCUAAUAUUUGACAAUACUUACUAAGCUAUAGAGUUAAUGAUAUUUAGCAGGUAUUUUGUUGGGCAGCUUGUUUUGACAUUAUUAUGGCUUACAUACCCCAGAGUAGAUACUCUUUUAAAUGCCUUCUGUGCUGUUAGUUUCAGCAUGGCAUAUAUUUUUGAAUGAAAAGAAAGAACACAAUAGAUUUCAAGACUCCAACCCCCACCCCCACACUGCACACACUAUCAUAGCUUGGAGGCGUUUUGAAGGCUUAUAAUUAUCUGCAAUAAAAACACUAUAAUGGGCUACUAGUACAACAUGCGUUUAAAAAUAAAAACAUCUUAAUCCUUCACUAAAAUGGUGUUUAAAGAAUAAAUGUGUUAGAAUGAAGCCCGUGUAAAGCAAAGUUGCAAGCUUAAUGUUUUUGUUGGUUCUGUAGUUUGCUUUUGGUAUGUAAAGGGUUAAUCAUUAAUUACAUCUAGCAAGGAACAGAAUAAAUACAUUCAUGGAUUAAUUAAUAGAUUUGUAUUCCACAAUCACCUUAUUUCAUUAUUCCUUUUUUUUUUUUAAGCUUAUUUGUCUGUUCCAUUUUGAUUUGGCAGAAAUGUGGAUUUAAUUGUUCUACAAUCUCAGGGGAGAACAAAAUUCGCAGAGCUAUCUGCUCCAGAUACUUGACAGCUGCUGCAGGAAGCCAAUACUAUAUAGAGCAUUUUUUUUAUUUCACUGUUUGAGCAGCUUGUAACAGCCACACUUACAUUGUGCUCUAUAAAACAAAAAUUUAUAUCAUGAGCUGCUGCAUUGAUGAAUAAAAUAAAUAUUUUUAUAGUUAAAAAAUAAAUUACUUUAAUUUAAACCAAAUUACAUUUUAUUGAAUUUAUUAGAAGUGAAUAUAAGUUAACUAUCAUAUUGGGACAAUAUUCACAUUAUUAAUGCAGCUUUUAUGUUUUAUUUUUUUUUAGUCAUGAUGUUAUGUAAUUUUUUUUUAUAAGUGACAUUAAGUUUAAUAAGAAACUGCCCAUUUUUUUUAUUUUUUUACACGUGACGUAAGUUAAUUUUGUGAUACUUCCCCAAUUUCACAUUAAUAUUGUUAAGCAUACUAUAAACACACAGAAUUUUACUGAUAUUAAGUCCACAUCAUAUAUAUUUUGCAUUGCAACAUUAUGUUAACAUGGCUGCAAAUACAAUAUGUAAUGAGGUAUGUGGCUCAUUUUUUUAAGAUUUCCUGCACUGAAAGAAAAAUAGUCUUAUGUAAAUAUAGGGAAGUUUUCACAUAGAGUGUUUUUGUUACCAUGCAGUUUCCUAAUGCACUUAGUGGUAAAUAACAGAAGUUGAAUGUGUAUCUGCUUGGUAAUUGCUUUUUUAUACAAACAUGGUUCUAAGUAGAAAUUGUAGGCCUAAUUGUUAGUGUUCACAUAUCAAAUAUCACUUAUUUAUAUUUGUCCCUUAAAUGCUACUGCUGGUCUUCUGUCUAGUUACUGUCAUUUUUUAAUUAGCUAAGAGACCUUUGAUUGAAAUAUCUAAACUUGAAUAUCCUUGAUGGCUCUCUGAUGCUCUCCUCUGUAUGAAAUGCAAGGUUUUUUUAAGUCAAUAGGCCGUAAUCACAAAUCCCAUGAUUUCUUUUUUUUUUUUUUUUUACUUUUCCUGUCAUGAUUUUUCAGUCAAUCUGGAAAGUUUAAGUUCAAACUGUGAAUUAGCAAUUUGCACAUUGCCUCAAUUAUAGAAACCAAUUGACAAUGUUAUUGAAUCGUGUAGCUGGAAACAAAUGUCAAUUUAAAAUGUCCAUGUUCCAGUGGGUUUAAUGUGUAAUAAGUGGCUCCUGAAUAUAACAAGGUGCAAAUAUGCUGAAAUUACUAUACUCAAAUUAUUGUUUUUACCAAAAAUGGUCCGAACUUCAACGAAGAGGGGCCUAAGAAUUAAAAUGAAUAAGGCUAAUGGAACAAUUGUAAAUUAAAUGUAAAUUUACUAAUAUAAGUGUUCUUGUGAAAAAUAUCUUUAUUGUAAAGCAAUUCCCUACUUUUUCUGCUACAUGCUAAAGCAUACCAUGGGCCUAUUCAUUCCAUUUUAGAUGUUAUUGGCUAAUUUAGACCAUACUGGGAGAGGUUUGGCUUUAAAAUAUUCUUUUUAAGAACUUGUAAAAUGUUAACCAAAAACUUACUUUAAUUCCAUUAGAUAGAAACAUUUUUAAAAUACCAUUAAUAACCAAAUAUUUUCAACAUGGGUUUUUUAUAAUUCAGUAAAUAAAGAAUUGUGGUGAAAUGAAACACAAAUUUCAAAUGUCAAGCCAAAAUAGAUGUAUUGCGGGGAAAUAUCCCUAAAUCAGGUUUUGAAAUCAUUUUAAAAUUGAUAAACAACUAUUUCAAGAACAAUGGUUAUUGUGUAUAAACAACUAAUAAAAAACUAACUAUUUCAUGAAAUACAAGCUAGUGUAGUUUUGUAAAACAAAAUCCACUGCUUAAUUUCAAGAGUAGUAUAUUUUGUUAAACGAAAGUUUAGAAUGAAGGUAAAGAGAAAAGAUAAAACGUUGUGUCCAUUUAAAUUAAGACAUUUUAGAACAAGUAUGCUUUAAUACAUUGUUUAUGAAAACUCCAUGAGGAAAGCAUCCCCAACAAUUCUGCUGAUUUCUAAACAACAUCCAGACUGUGAAAUUCCCCAAAAUAUAUAACAAAUAUGCAUUUCUUUUUAAUAAAUCAUGCAUAGAUAACUUCUGUGUUCUUUUUUAAAAUGUGAUUAUUUUUUUAUUAUUUUUAUAAGAGGUCAUCAUAUCAUCAGAUUCUGUUAUUGCUGCUGGGGAGAGUAUUCCUCUGGGUCUCUAUUUUGGCAGGAGCUGAAAGGAAUGGUACAUAUAAUGUAAGUGAAAUGAGAUUUGAUGUAGCAGAGAGAUUGGAAGUGAGAGAGGAAAUGGAGAUUUAAUGAGAGAGAGCUGGAUGAAUAUAAAGAUGAAGACAACAAAGGAAGGGACACUGGAAAAGACACAGGGAGAGAAAGAAAUUACAUCAUUUGGUUGCAUCUCCAACCUCUAAUUUAGGUACAAUAUCCAAGGGACAUGGUUGCCUUAUGGCCCUGCCCCCAUCCCUUUGGGAUGGAGAAUAGAAAUUAUAUAUAGUAGGAUAUAUUUUAUAAAUGUGUGGGAUCUAUAUAAUAUCUAGAAUAUUUUAAAGAAAGAUGUGUCACAUCGUUUCCCUAUUAUAGUAUGGAUCAGGAAGUCCCCUACUCCAGGGCUGCCCAACAGGUAGAUCCCCAGAUGUUGUGGAACUACAACUCCCAUGCCUUUAAAAUGCACUUAGAAUGACAAGGCAACAUUGGAGUUGUAGUUCUACAAAAUCUGGGGUCUACCUGUUGGGCAGCCCUGCCUAAUCUAAUCCAAUGUUUUGUCAUGCUGGUAUAAAUUCUUCAGAUUUAAAUAAGCAUUGAGGAUUUCCAUUCCAUGCCCUGAUUAAAUGUUGGCAUAGCAAUGUCUUCUGCAACAUUUACGUUAUUUCAAAACAAGUUGUAUCUUCUAGUUUUUUUAUUACAGCUGACUUGCAUGGAUAUGCAUCACUUGAGACAACUGGCUCAUUCAAAAGCUUUAGUUUUGAAUGAGAUUGUUGCCUCACUCUGCAGGCUGAAUAAUGCAGGUAAAUAUGAUUUGUUUCAUGUUUACCUGAUUUUUUGUUUCUUAUGCUUUCCACACCUAGUCUAGAGGGGAAAUGAUUUAACCAAUCAGUGUCCUAUCCCUAGGAAUACUGUAAAAGUGCAUUGAUGAAUCCUCUCCUUUGACAACAUUUUGUAGAUCAACCCCAAAAUAUGUACAAAAGUCAAUAUGUUUGUAAUACAUUCAAGGGCUAUAUAAACAUUUAUAUAUUAUAUAAGGAAUCGUUACAGACUACAUCUGGCACGUAAAGCGAUCUACGGCAUAUCAAAAGUUAUACAAUAAAGAUAUAUGUCAAAUUAGAUAAAUAAAUAAAUUAUUAAAUAAUUUAUGAUGAUGAUGAUAAAUAAAUAAAUUAUUACUAGUUAGUGAUAAUUAGCACUUGAAAAUAAUGAAAGAUUUUUUUAAUUAGAGUUUAGUUCAAAGUAACCGUAUUAAAAAUUAAUUUGAAGUAUUGACAAAUUUAUUUAUUUUAAAAUGAUCCUUAAUCUAAUUAGAGGUUUUGGGCAGGUUAAACCCUUAGAUAAAUAGUAGUCCCUUGGGCAUUUCCCACACAUUGAGUCGGAGUAUUGUGGAUUAGUCAAUACCAGAAGAGAUAUAGGAUGUAGGUAAGUAUAGCAUGUCAAGACCUGGACAAAAGGAUAUUGUUUGUUUAGUUGUAAAUGAGUAAUAGGAUAACUGGGUAAUAGGAUAAAAAUUGGGGCAAAGGAAUCUACUUUGAACUCAGGAAUCAGGUAAAUGGUCAAAUGCAUGUAAUCAAUUCAAAUAAUAUGCACAGCAAAGGUAAUCUAAAUUAAAUCUUUGGUGAGCUGACAGAAAAAUAAAAAGUGAUGUCUGUAUCAUUCUGAAGAUUGCACCAAUAUGGCAACAGUCAGAGAAAUGGGAGCAGAAGACAAGCAGGUGUUACACUAUGCAAAUUAUUUUUUUCUUUUAUUCAUUUUUAUUCUUUUAAGAAAAAGGACAGGAUGGGGAAUAACAGAUAACAAAUUUUAAAGAUUAAACGGUAUCCCUUAUGAUAAAAUGUUCUACUGUGAACUGUAAGUGUAAAAAGCAGAAAUACCAAUUUUUCACAUACAGUAACGGUGGCAAAAAUAAAUUAAUACAAUGGGCAAACAGCCUGCUGAUAGUAUCUGCAAUAACUAAAUUGCAUUUUCUGGCGACCUGGCUUCCCAAAAAUGUUGCAGGGAUAUUAAAACAAUUUAUGCAUGUGAACAUAAUGCACUUAUAUAACAUGAAUAGGUAACUCACAACAUGAUCAGUGAUAUCUUGUUUCAGUAAUGGCUUUUUUUUCUCAUUACAAAUCCAUGAAGUCUAGCUUGUAAAGUGCCUAGUUUAUAAUUGACCCUUGAACGGAUUUCAGCUAUGGUUCUUCUUAGCAUUAUCAUUGACUUCUUGGUGCAUUAUCUGAUUAACAAGUCACUGAUAUUUUGUGGAAGACUCUUCCAGGUUAUCAGUUAUGUUUUUAUAUAGAUUUUUAAUUAUUCUAAAAUGGGCUUAACUGUGCUUCAGUUGAUGGUUUUGAUAAUAUUUGAUAGCCUAACCCUGACUGGCUCAAGAAUUGUUUUGAUUCUGGCCUGGGAGAAGAAACAGUCAGAUUAGGUGUUGCCUGUUUUCUAGUAAGAAGGGACAAGACCUUAACCUAAAAAAUCUCUGGUGCCAGGAGAGAAGAGAUGUACAAAAUAGUGGUGCAGGUCUGGUUUGCAAGUUGGGAACCAGUGUACCCUCUACCAAUUAUAAUUGGUUGCAUCCGUAGGAUAUUCCUCUAAUUGGUUAUCCAAGCCAUCAGUUGGACAUUGAGUCUGCAGGAAAUGACCAAUCACUAAGAACAGCCCAGCAGGAGAGAUAAGGCUCCUGGCUUGAACACGGUCUCAGCAACGGAAAUCUGUAGUCUAUGGUGCAGUUCUUCUGAUGUCUAAAGUGAGCUAUACUAAGUUAUAUUUACUUGAGGCAAGAGACAAGAAUAAAAUGUGAGCUGAUCUCUGACCUCAUGGAAUUUGACAUCAGUACCAGCUCUUUUAAAAGGCAGUGUUCCUUGCACUAUAGAACCCAAGGACUUGGUAAUGCUGCUUGCUGGCAAGCUCACUGGAAAAGUGGCAGGUGCUUACUAUGCGUUGACUGAAUAUUCAUGCAAGAACUAUGCAGUAGUGAAGGAGGGGUUUUUGGCUUGGUAUGUAAUAAAAAUAAAUAUUGGUGUAAGUUUCUGGAGGCCAAAAAGAGACCCCAGGACUUGUUUAACGAAUGAGCCCACCAGAAGUAUUGAGAGAUACAGAGAUCAGGUACCUGGUAAUGGACCAGGUAGAGGAUUCUUCCAUGCUUGCUAAUGAAUACACUGAUAUCAGAUUGUCAGGGCUUACCUGAGUUGGGAGUCCAGCAGGCAGAGAUAUAUGCUCACCCUUGCACGUAAACACAGGCCGAGGUGGUCAGGUAAGAAUUCACCUGGCCUGUGAGUUGGUGCACAGGGGCUGUGCAGGAUAAUUCUCCAAGUCGCAGUGCAGGAAUGGAUAAAGCAGGUGAAUCGAAGCCAAAUGUCAGAGGAUGCCAGAAAUCAGAAUAAAUGAAACAACAAGCCAAGGUCAAGCGUAAACUGGAGCACACGAAAGAGCAAUACGGUCACCAGAGUCAAGGAACUGACCCUGCCUUUUGGGAGAGGCAGGGUUAUAUACCUGGCUAAUGAGACCACCAAUAUCAGGUGUACCAGGAGUAACUCCAAUACAUGUUCAGCCCCCAGUGCUGGAUACAAGACAGGGCUAGAUACUGACAUACUGAAGCUGAAUAGUGGCUUAGAGGUAACAUAGCAGCCCCAGGACUCAAGGAACUGACCCUGCCUUUUGGGAGAGGCAGGGUUAUAUACCUGGCUAAUGAGACCACCAAUAUCAGGAGUAACUCCAAUACAUGUUCAGCCCCCAGUGCUGGAUACAAGACAGGGCUAGAUACUGACAUACUGAAGCUGAAUAGUGGCUUAGAAGUAACAUAGCAGCCCCAGGACUGUAAGGUACCCAGGUUCAAAUCCACUACUGACCGUGACACAGAUGAAGUGAGUGGCAUGAUUCUCCAACAAAUGAACCAGUACAUCAACCUUUUAAUACUGACACUCCCACUUUGACCUGUGCUUCAAGGACUCUACUCAACUUCCCCUCUAAGGUUGGCACCCUGUCAGACUGGAGAGCAGAAAUCCACAGUUCAGAGUAACUGUUCUGUGCAUGCUUAUUCGCAAAAAUUUGUUUCCUCAAUUCUUUCACUAUACUGAUGAGCAGAUUAGAAAUUAGCAUCCAUCCAAACUAGUUUACAGAUUAUGAUCCAUUACCACCUAUUGGAGCAGUGGUUAAAGUGUCCAGAAAGGAUAACCGAUACUGGUAAACGAGGGACACUAGAGCUAGACAUUGGUUCAUCCCCAAUGGGUCUACACUCAACACCAGACAGUCUUUACAUGUAUCAGCUGAGGCCGUGCAAAACAGCCCACAGCUAAAAUACAGAUUGUUUGGAGCAAUAGUAGUCCGGAAAUAAAAGUGGGCAUUAUGAAUGGCUUGCAAGGUGAAAUGAUCUGAGACAACCUACCUCACCUGUUGCAGGACCUGAAAUUACACACAAGCAGAAUUAAUAACAAAUAUUAUGUCGCAGGACAGCCUCCCCAAAUGUAGAAUCGGGUCCAGAGUGCCAACUUCCAAAGGAGACAGAUGUUGAUGAGUGGCCCUGCUUAUAGUAACUGGACUAAAAAGACUGUUAUAAUGAGUCAACAUUUUGAAACUAGUUGCCAAGUAACUUGGGUACAGACCUGUUAUAGAUUAUUGUAACCCUAUCCUAAUUGGUCCCCCCAAAAUCCGUAUUGCCCCUCUACAGUCUGAGCUGGAGCUAUGGAGACUUACCACACAUCUGAUCUUGUUUGUGUAUCUGAUUACUUGGGGUGGCACUCUGGGUCAUGUAAGAAAUUUGUUUGUGUAUAUAUCAUCUGUAUCUUAUGUAUACUGUAGGACAUUAGCAUUGAGAAAGGGCUUUCGCCCGAAACAUUUGCCGUUUGUACUUUGUCCUCAAAUAAACUGUGGUAGCACCUGGGUGUACACACUUAUACUGGAUGCACAGGACUCCUUUUCCUUUAUUGUUUCCUUCUGCAGUCUGUAAUGAAUGCUGCUGCCAGACUGAUUUUCUUCUCUAGUUAGUCCUCUCACACCUCACCCCUCUGUCAGUCCUUACAUUGGCUUUCUGUAUCCAAUAGGAGUCAAUUCAAAGUGCUAACCCAUACCUAUAAAGCACUGAACAAUUUUAGCCCCUCUUAUAUCUCUUCACAGAUCCAUAGGUAUUCCCCUUCUCUGUCUCUCCACUCUGCCUGUGACCUUCUCCGUCCGCUGCUCGCACCCUUAUGGCCAACUCACGCUUGCAGGACUUCUCGCGGGCGGCUCCCUUCUUAUGGAAUAGCCUGCCUACCACCAUCAGACACCCCCCCCCAGUCUUCAAUCAUUUAAGAAAUGCCUUAAAACCCCUCUCUUUAGGAAAGCUUAUGGUCUCCCAGAGUAACUUCCAUGUUGCAUACCUGUCUAUUGCUCUCUCCUAAAGGGCAGCACUCUACUCUCUCCUCCAGCUCUGCAUCACUCCCACCUUAUUUGCUUGCUAUUUCCUGUGCUAUUUGUGUUUUAUACUCCACCUCCUGUAAGCUCGUUUGAGCAGGUUCCUCUUCAACCUAUCGUUCCUGUAAGUUUUCUUGUAAUUGUCCUAUUUAUAGUUAAAUCCCCUCUCUCAUAAUAUUGUAAAGCGCUAUAUAAAUGGCGAUAAUAAUAAUAAUAAUUAAAGUCCUUCUCUAUUUUCAUUGUUGUGAGAAUGUUUAAGCUACAGAAUUUGCAUAUAUUUGCACCUAUUGUUUAUUUGUGCGGCUGAAGUCUGGAAAGCUACUCUGUGUGGUGAAUAAAGUAUUCAGGUCAUUCUUUCCCUGAAUAGUGGCGUUGGCAUCUGGUACCAGUCGAAAAGAGAUGGACAACAUAAUAGGAGAGAGGUUUGGGUCUGAAGCUGGUGAUCAGUCUACCCUGCACCCAUUAGUCUUGAUCUUCAUGAUGCUGAUAUGCUCUCUAAAAAAAUCUGGAACCUUCUAGAAACAAGUAUAUUUAUUUGGAGAUCAUGAGACACUUUAAUUGCACAUAGCUGUACUUCAAAUAAUUAUGUGACUGCAAAUGGCAAAUGAUUGAUCCAGAAAUUAUUUAGGUUUUUCUUAGCAAGGGGGGUAGAAAUGUAUACCUUAAAACGAUACAUAUUAUGGUUAAUAUUUAUUAAGACACUACAUUUCCAGCAAAGCUGCUCAUAUAGCAAUCGGUUUCAUAAAAAAAAGAUAACAAGCAGUAAAGUUACAUAAUAGAAAUGUAAAUAUUUACUUGCUUCUUAAAGUUUAAAAUAAAUCAAAAAGUUGCAUAGGGAAUUUGUAAAGUUGCAAUGAGUUUAGAAAAAAUAUAUCCGAUUAUAAUGCUUAUGUUCUUUAAAAAGUGGCAAGCCACGUUAAAAAUGUUGAUUAAUCGUGUGUGCCUAAACACUAAAAAUAUAUUAUGUGCCUUCUUUGGAGUAAUUCAUAAAUGUAGGAGUUCAAACAUCUGUAAGAGGUAUGAUGAGGUAGAUGUGCAAGAUAUUAUAUACUUGUAAAAUGUGACUUAUUGUUUUUUUUAUCCUGUGUUUAAAAGUUUAUGGUGAAAACAUCAGCUAUUGUGAUUUUUAUAUGGAUGAAAGAGAGAUUGCGUUUGGAUUGGGCAAUUAAUUAGGGUAAAUUAGGAUCAAUAUAGGAUCAAUUGGGAAGUUUAAAGAUAGCAAGAGAUUAAGAUAUCUUCUCUUUAGGUACAAAGGGAUAGUGAGGAAAGUUCUGAGAUUUGUUAGAACUUGAUUAUGUAAUAAGGUUUAUAGCAUCUAUUUAGAAUAUACAUUGAAUGCAGAGGUUUUGCGUCUGUUCUGAAGAGAAGGCUGCAAAUGUAUACUAAUUAGAAGACAAUAAAGAAGAAAAACAAUAAUUUAAUUAAAUGUGUUAGCUAUGGAAAGAUGUUGUAUGUUAUGUACUACAGUGAAGACUUGCUUAAAAAUAAAUUUAAAAUUAAUUUAGCAUUUUAGCACAAAAUAAUCCUGACUAGGUUGGUUAAAAAAUAGAAAUAACAUUUAAAUUCACUUUUAAUUCCUAGUAAUUUACACUAUACAGGGUUAUGUACUAAAGUGAGAGUUCAACUAGAAUUGAAAGGUAAUUUCAAAUUUAAGGCUAAAAUAGCUGAACGUAAACACAACUUUCCAGUUUUUACCUUAAAUUUGAAAUUCCCUUUGAGUUACUUUGAAUUGUCACUUAAGUGUAUAAGUCUAUAUAUUUAUAAUGCAGUGAACUUGUUUUUUUUUAAAUGUGUGAUUUCUUGUACUUGUGGUUAAGUGAAUAUUUAUGGACAGUGUGUUUGGAAGCACUGCUUGCAAUUCUAAAAGUAGUGAUGGAUACUGAGAGUAAAUAUGUGGAAUACUGCUAGGUAAGUCAGAACAAGGAUAUGGGAGAUAGUAACUAAAUGGUAUGGAAGCAGAUGAGAAGAUGUGCUGAACAACAUUAUCUAAGUUUCUCUAUUGAUGCUUAAUCACAUGGAAGCUUAUUAUUGGUAGUAUUAUUAUUAAAAACUCAUGAAAAUAGGUCAAUAGAAAAAUGAGGUUCUAGAAACAAUCUUGUAAUCAUGAAAUUGUUAAGGAAUCCAGUUCAACAACCUGAUUCUACACAUCAAGUAUUUUUCCUCUGUUUUAAUUCCAAUGUGAUGCAUACAACUCCAGUGUCUUAUAAAUUAUAGACCGUGAUGUUAUAACACCAGCCUGAAGCAGGUGCUAAAAAUACUAAGUGCUUUUCCUAGCACAUCACUCCCAAGAGCUUGUUGAAACUUGUGAAUUUUCACCAUCGAAGCUUCUUUAAAAAAAAAAAAAAAAAAGUUUUGUAGUGCUUAAAUACUUAACUAGAAAUACAAUUUUAAUGAAACUGCAGUCCUAAAAUGUCAUUGAGAUAUUAAAGCAUGUGGACAUCAUGAUGGUCUUAUACAAUAUGUGCAGUUAUUUAAUUAAACAUGGGCUUUGCACAUUGCUUUUGCAACCUAUAUAUAAGCUAGUGUGAAAUUUUCUUCUCACCACCUACGUAGCUGCAACCAAUGAAUUUUAAAGGCGUAUCAGCUCUUAAAAUGUAAGAGAGGAAGGAGUAAAGCUCCUUUCUUGCCUGGCUGGGGCACUGGCAUACAUACAUUUUGUUUUACAUUGCUUUGCAUAAUUAUCUUUCCUUUGUAUUAACAUAAUGUCACUCACAUUAGACAUUUCCAGUUUUUGCAUUGAUACAACUGAUUUCAUUGGUGUUUUGAACAUUUUGUUUACACAGCAUUCUUAACACUUUGAAGUAGCAAAUAUAUAUUUUUGUAACACAAAAGUACCAAACAUAAACGCACAUUUCUUGGUCGCAUAAGGAAUCACCUAUGUGAGUCAAUAGUUGGUAGAACACCCUUUUGCUCUAAUAACAACUUUGGGACUUUUAAAGGAACACUAUAGUGCAGUGUUCCCCAACCCAGUCCACAUGGACCGCCAACAGUCCAGGAUUUAUGUAUUUCCCUGUUUCAUUCCAAUGGAGAUACUGACAAAACCUGGACUGUUGGUGGUCCAUGAGGACUAGGUUGGGGAACACAGCUCUAGUGUCUAUCUAAGGAAAGAAGUUCCUUAUCGCUAAUCCAUCUGCAAAAUAAUUACUUACCACAGCUCUGCUCCACCUACAGUAAAUCUUCAUUAGUGAUGAUUUCCCAGUCAGUCCAGUGUUUUUCAUCCAAUGCUUCACUAUGAGCACUAUGAAAACUCUGAUUUAUUUUGGAAGCAGUACGUUUCCUAAAAUAACAUUUUAGCUAACUUAAUGUCUUCAGGGAUUUGGAUUGUUCCUUUAAGAUAAAGCUUCACCAGUUUGCAUAUCUAUUGCAUUCUUCUGAUGAAAAGCAAUCCCCACUAUGGCACUUUAAUGUUUCACAGUGAUUGUGGUGGUUUUCUUAGAAUAACCUUUGAUCAUUGGACCGCAACAGAAAUAUAGUUAUGGUUUUAUCUACCAAAACACCUAUUUCUAAAUGUUUGCUAAUUUCCAUUAAUACUUUUAUGCAAGUUCUGAAGUGGAUUUGAUAUGUUUUGUCAGUCAUGGCUAUUUUUUUCUUACUCCAAAUCCAUGAAUCCUAGUUUGUACAGUUGCUAGUUUAUAGCUCUUAGUUAGAUUUUCCCAUCUCAGCUAUGGUUCUCAUUGGCUAUUUUAGGGGUUCUUCCUGGGUGAUUCUUUGCCUUAUGCUAUCCUCACUGGCUACUGAGGCUUUUUUUGGAGGACCUUUGCAUGCAUAUUCUUAAAUAUUGAACUAUACAUGAAAUAGAAAAAUUAAAUGUAGAUGAAAAAAAGCAAACACAAAACCUUUCUUAAAACGUAGGCCACAAUCUUUUCUUUGAGUAUUUUUCUGAUUUUAGCUAUAGUAAAAAUCAUUCUAACUGAUAUUUUAUUGUGAGUAUAUUUGUUUUAUUCUCUUUACCUUUUCCUUUUUGUGUGCUUAGGGAUGUAAGCAAGAACUAAAACAAGGGGAAAUAUAGGUUUAAAAAUAUAAUUUUUAAUAAAUUUUAACAAGGCAGUUAAAAUAAAAAGUCAGACAUUUAUUAGUAUUUUAAAAUUAUUUCCUUAAAGGAACACCCAAAAUACCUAAAGCACUUUAGUUUGCUAAUAUGCCUUAUGUGUGAAAUGUGUGUCAUCAUGUUACCCUUUUUUUUUUUACUUUUUGUGCACAUUUUAAUAGAAUUUGCACCUUUAUAAUUUACCUUGUUACAUCUUGUUACUUCCUGGUUGUUUAACUUAGUCGAGGGAAACUCAGAAGGUCGGUAGUUUCCUAAUGCUCCUGCCUUACAAAGACGUCUCAUUAAAUUGCAUUGGAAAGUCUGUGACUGGACAGCCAUAGAAAGGCUGGGCUGGGAAAGAGGGAGGACUUGCAAAGGCUGCCGACUGGAGAUCUGCAGCUUUCGUGAAUUAUUGUUAGAUGUACACUAAUGAAAAAAUACAUAAUUAAAUGCAUGUUGUCAUUUGGGGAAUAUCCACUAAAUAGUGUUUUUUUUAUUUGGAGAUUGGAGUGUCCCUUUAAGACCGUAAAAUCAUACCUCUACUGCAUGUUCUAAAUGUAUGCUGAUCCACCAUAUUUUUGAAAAGUUUUGACUUCCUUGUUAACGCUGGGCAGUGUAAAAACAAACUAUUCUCAUAGAAACGCAUUGUGGAAAACGUGAACACAUUUAGGAGCUAUAAAUAUAUAUUAGCAAACAUGAUAUAUAUAAAAUAUUAAAUAAUUAAAUACUUUUACAAAUAAUAUGAAUAAAAUAAAAUAACCACGUUCUGCUGGUAUAAAUCUAAAACAGGCUUUUCUGGCAAGUUUUAAAUUAGCAGACAUUAACAAAGUAAAAGAUGAGAACCUCUAAAGUAACACUCUCUUCUAAAAUAGAUUUGAUAAUGAAACUCAGUUUUUUUAGAAUUGUGCAGUGAGUCUGUGUAAAUUAUAGCCUGGGGAAGUGUGGCUACAGCUGCAUGAAGUGAUUUAACUCCUAACUAGCAGAGGAUUGAACGGUAAGAUUGGAAGUGCAUGAACUGUACACCAAAACCACUUCACUAAGCUAAAGUUGUUUUAUGAUUUGAGUGUCCCAAACAUUUCUAAAGCAUAAUUUUUAUAGAAAUAAAAAAAAACAAUUGGACACAAAAGGUUAUUAAAUUUAUACGUGCUGUGUGAUUAAGCUAUCAACUGUGUGUCAUUAAAAAACUAGUCCUAGGCUUUUCCCUACUGCAAAAUGGACAAAGAAAUUGGUUGUUGUAAAGAUUGUAAUAAGGAAGUAUAACUUUAUAUAUGGCUAAUGUCUCAUAUUUUUUCUGUACUCAAGUACUGGAGUCCAGCACAAUCCAGGUAAAUGAACUUCACAAAAUAUCUAACGUUACCCCAGGCACUAAAAGACACAUUUCACAUCAGUUAGAUUCUCUGAACUUGAAGUGCAAUAGACUUUAGUGGCCUGUGUUUCAUUUGUUUGAAAUAAUAAAACAUUUUCUGGAAUAUCCUUUAAAUAUUUUUUGGAUCCUCUUUUGCAUGCUGUUUGAUUUUGUAGGGUGAAACCGUGAACAAGAUAAGAAUAGGGCAGUACAGCACAUUUGGAAUUUGCAGUUUACACAGUUGCCAUUUGAGCUUUUUUUAUUGCUCGUGUCUACAAGCAAACAUAAGGGGUCUCAUUUAAGUACAAGAUUGAUUUUAAAAACAAGGUAGUUUUCACUCUAACAUGUUGUGAUUCAUAUAAUAAAGUGCUUGCAUAGUCUCAUAAACAAAACACAUAGCAUUUGCUGCACUGUUCUUAAAUUAGCAACAUUGUUAUAUAUUUUUUCAGAGGGAGCAGUGUACAAUGGACUUACUAUUAUAAGUAUAAUUAUAUAAUAUAAGUUAUCAUUUCCAUUAAUUUUAAAAUAACUAUUGAUAGUCCAUGAAAAAAAUAAUUUGAGAAAUAUAUAUGAAGAUUGAUUAUCAUAUAUCAUACUGCUGGCCUUUUAUUCAUUAACCCAACAGUUGUGUAAGGCUAUCCCUAUGAAAAAGAGAUAACUUCAAUUAGAUGUAGAUGUUGCAAACCUAGCUGCUUUAUUGAAAUAUAAACUAUCAACAUUAACCUGAACAGCUUGCCAGCUAUCACGUUGAAGAAACGAAAAAAAUAGCCAAUGCCAAUUUCUUUUCUAAGAGAUUCUAUUGCUCUCUAUCAGUUAAUGUCAGGCUGUAACUCGUAAAGUCCAGACGGAAGAUAUCACAACUAUCUGUGGUCAGGGAUAUAUAACAAACAAUGAGAAAACAGAGGCACAAAUAACACAAAACUUACAAACAAGAGAGAACCAAGAGCAAAAGGGAUUGUGUGGGCAGCAAAACAGUUACUGCUCUUCAAUUAAAUUCUAGAUAGAAAAUGUAGAAAGCAUCAAAAUCAUCAUUUUUUUCUGUAUUGUCCAGUGUUACCAUGCUAAAUACACAUGCCAGCAGCCAUGUCACUCCUAUCUUCUAGUUGACAAGGAAUCAUUACAGCCAGCACUAUUUGUGUUAGGAUGGAAUCUGUGUGACCUAACCAUAUUCAUUUAAGUAUUUACUGCAACAUUUUUAGAAUAAAUAUGUCUCUUUUAUACAAUUGAGAGUCAGAAUAUCUGUGUCUUAAAACAAGUUGUGUUAUAAUCGGGUAUAGGUACAUAUAUUUGUGCAUGUGUAUAUAUGUGGUUCUCUGUGCAUUUUCUGGCAUGUGUGCACACACAUUUUAAUGUGCAUAUACAGUUUACAUAUAUGAAUCUAUAUUUGUAUAUGCAUUAUUAGAUUUGCAUUUGUUCAUGUAUCCACAUGCAUUUUGAGUUGAUUGACUUUAUAUUAAUUUCAUAUUUUUUUUGAAAUGCUAGUCCAAAAAAAGUAUUACAAAAUAAUACAAUACUCCAUUAUUUUACAUCUAAAUUCUCAUGAAUGCCUAAUGCCUAACUGGAAAGGAGGUAGACUGGAGGUAUAUUUAAGAUGAUGUUUUCUGUUAUUAAAUGCCUCAGCUCCUAUGAUGAGACAUGAUAUCCUGGAUUGUCUGGGAAGUUUCACAUGAAGGUUUUGAAUCCUAAACCAGUUGUCAGAAGAACCUGAACACUGAAUGGAAAUAAAUGAUUAGUCUAGCAAUAGCGCUAGUGAACAAUGUGGUAUGUAAAUACCAAAUAUCUGGAGGAGAGCUUCGUGCCAUUAGAAAGCAUAUAUUAACAGAAGUCUGUCUCUAUGCCACCAUGUUCUCACAGUUGAUGGGUACUACACUUCUGUAACACCCUUCUCAGUCCAUGCUUACUCCUCUUGCAGUAUUAUUUAAUUUGCCCUGCCUGAGUAUGCUUCCCCAGAGAGGGCAAACCUCCUUUGUGUCAGAGCUGUAAAGCGAAUGACCCAGGGCAUAUAUCUGUGGGUAACUACUAUCACACCUGAAGAAAGCUAUAUUUAACUAGACUGAAUGGCCCAAAACCCGAGUUACUCCAUUCUUAUGCUACCUAGAAAGCGCUAGCAGCACCAUCUAGGGAGCUACCAUAACAGCCACAGUGCAUGUGCUGUGGUUGCUAUACAUGAAGGCAACAAGCACCAUCUGUACUAGGCCUCUUGCUCACCUUUGUUAGUCAAUUUUUUGGCAUUAAGAAUUUAUUGACAGGUAUUUUUUUUGCUCAAAGUAUACAUGUGCUAGGAACCUGGCAGCACAAUUUAUAGGUAGAAUGUAUUGCUCUUUAAAAAGAGCAUUUUGUACCUGGCAUGACAAAUACUCUUUAAAUUAUGUAAUUUUCUGUAGGCAAAAUAAUACCUUGUCACUACAGAAACAUUAAAUAGAAUGGGAAAUGCAUUUUUCAUAACCUAUUAAAAUUUGUAUGAAUAUUAAUAUGCUACUUCUAAGUUAAAAUAAAAUAUUUUAUUUAAAAAAAACUUAGAAAGUAUACUAUAUUUCAGGGUUUUUUCAGCAAUAUAUAUUUCCACUUUUGUUGAAUUAUGAUUGUUUUGAAAGGUAUUGGGAGAAGAUAAUGAACUCUUAAAAAUGCUUUGCUUUUCUCCACUUGCUUAAACAUAUGGUCUCUUUGUUAAUAUCCUAUCAAAUCAAUAGACUGCUAUAAAUUUAUUAGGCCUAAGAAUCCUUACACCAAGGUCACCCCUUGGCAAGGAGAGAAAGUGAAAUGGAAACUCCUCUAGUUUUAUAACAUUUUCUUUGGUGCUUUUUUUAACCUUUGAUGUAGCACUAAAUAUCCAAGCUGAAAUCCAUGUUUGACCCCAUAAGGACACAUGACAUGUGUGACAUAUCAUGAUUCCCUUUUAUUCCAGAAGUUUGGUCCUUAAGGGGUUAAGAAAAACAAAGAAAACAAAAACCAAACAAAGAAAAAAAAAACUACUACAUAAGAAUUUUAGUAAAGAGUUUGGAUAAAAAUAAAGAUUUUUCUUCCUAUCAAGGACAAUUUGAAGUGUGAUACAUUUGGCAUAUGCAUAUAUAGUGGAAAACAGGAAGAUAUUUGGUAAAAGUGUGGCUGUUUAAUCUCAUGCAGGGUUCCAAAAGAUACACAAAAUUAAGUAUGUCAAUAAUAAUUGAUUUUAAACGGCUCCUCACAUAAUGGCAUUAUUACACAGUUUCUCUAUUGUAAUGCUUUUUGUUAAGUUCCCCGGUAACUCAUUGUUGAAUAAAUUAAGAAAACAUAUUUUGAAAUAUAAUAUUUUUUUAGCUUAGCAAUAUGGUUUUCUUUUAGCCUGGAAGACAGACAGCUGCUUAAUUUAAAAUUAAAUGCUUGUAUUACUAAAAAGAGAGCUUUUUUCUAAUGUUAUGAUUCAUCAUUAAAAGAUUUUUCGAUGAAGUCUCUGAAUUCGCAGUCAUAUAAAGAUAAGUUUUCCAUCAACUGAGGUCUUCUAAAGUUGAGUUCUGGAGCUUUCUUUGAAAUCUGCAGAAAUGAUAACAGUGACAUUAAAUGGGUUUAAUGAAUUACAUCUGAAAGGUUUGUAAAAAGAGACGAAUUAAUUAAUUUAUGAAGCUUGUUUGCAAAUGGGACCAUAAUGUCUUGCAAAGCUCUUAUGUAGCCUCAGGCUACGAAUCUUAUUUUCGCCUUGUUACUGUACUGAAAGGAAAUAAUGACUGAGGGAGAGGAAAAAUCGGAAGUGUUGAGGGAAUUGAUUGACAUAUGUUCUGCUCACAAUGCCCCUUGUGUAAUAUACUAUGCUCAUUUCACGGCUGGAAAAAAUAAACUUUAGAUUUAUAAAUUGUACUUAUUUAAUUCAAGUAACGUUUUGUUAUAGAUACAUAUGUUUAAGCUUUUACAAAUAUAGAUUAUUUUAUUUUUAGGUUGUCUGAAAUAAGUAACAUGGCCCAGUUACACAGAGCUGAUCGCUUUCCCAACAAAUUAAUACAUGUCUUCCUGCUGAUAAUUUGCCUUCUGGACUUCUCUGAAGGAUGAUCCAAGGGUAAGUGAGUUAUAUGACUUGUGACAUAGAUAGCAUGAUCAAUGGAAACCUUUAUCAUGCUGAUAAAGAGCAAUUAGGAGCAUAUUAACACAGUGUAUCACAGUGGUUCUUUGUUUGUGGCAAAUUCAUUUUCCUUAAUAAAUGUUUACUAAUGCCAAAUAUUCUAAAUGUUCCAUGAUUCUAGUCUUCAUGUCCUCAUUUAACAAACACACUGGUUAUCUUUAUUUGCUUAACUGUGAACAAGAGGGCAGUAGUAUUGUGGAUCCAAUCACAAAAAAAAAAAAUCACAGAAUCAUAUAUUACAAACAUGUUCCGUUCAUGUGAAUGUACACUUCAAUGCUAUUCUGUGGGAGAAAAAGUAGAUGUGGGACUGGAUUUAGACUAACUCAUUGUUAUUGUUUCCUGGCAUGUAAUUUAUCUUAAAAGUAAAUAAAAUCCAGAAGCAACUCAGAAAAGCUUGCUUUUGCAAAACGUGAUGCUUUGCUAAACAUUGCACAUUGUUUAGUACAGUGAUAUACAUUCAUAGACAAAGCAAUACAUAGAACAGGAGGUCACACAUUUAGGCUGGAAGAAAGGAGAUUUAAUCUAAGGCAAAGAAAAGUUUUUCUCUUUUACAGUGAGAGCAAUAAGGAUAUGGAAUUCUCUGCCUGAAGAGGUGGUUUUAUCAGCGUCCAUACAGAUGUUUAAACUACAAUUGGAUAAAUACUUACAAAAACAUAACAUAAGGGAUAUCAUUUCUAAUUAGUGGGGUAAUAGUUGCUUGAUCCAAGGAGACAUCUGACUGCUAUUUUGGGGUCAAGAAGGACUUUUUUACUAGUUUGUUGCAAAAUUGGAAGUGCUCCAGACUGGGUUUUUUGCCUUCUUUUGGAUCAACAGCGAAAACAUAUGUGAGGAAGGCUGCUAUAUAACUGUGUAAUAUUCAGACAUUAGGAGAAAUAUAUUUGAACUGUGGUGCAACCAUUAAAUUAUGAGCCAGGCAGUCAUAAUCAAUUGACAUAUAAAAGUGCCCACUUAUUUUACUUCGAGUGCCAGUUCCUUCAAUAAUGUAUCCUACCACUACCUAGUUAUUAGAAUGCCAGGGAAUAACAAAUAGGCAUCCCUAAUAAAAACAAAACUAAAGGUCAUAAUUACCCCAAUAUCGGCUUCCCUUACUUUUAAUCCGAAGGUUAAGUUAUUCAAUAACCAAUAUAGAAAAAUCACUAAUUCCCACAUACCUUUAACUUCUGAUGACUAAAAUAAACAUCUCUAAUAAAAUAAUGUCUCAAUCGUGCAAAAAUUAAUCUUAUUAAAAGAGAUAUAAUCCUAACACAUGAGCAUUUGUGUAAUAAAAUUCAUAUCAAAUAUGUCCAAUUGACUGCUUUUCUUUCUCGCCAACCACAAAAUUAUGAUUGCAUGGAUUAUGAAUUUCCUAAGGUUAUGCAAGUAAAAUAUAAAUAGUAAUUAUGGUGCUUUGUAUACAUAUCUCUAAAUAUUUUGCAGUACCAAGCAACACUAUUCAAAAAGAGUAUGAUCCCUAAAUAAGUCUGUAAAAAGAUGAUGUUUUCUAUGUAUUCGCUGUAAUUGGUAUUUUUGCAAAGGAAGCAGGAGGAAUUAUUGACACAAUCUAGUGAAUGUGUUGCUCUGUAUACUUAUUUCCAAAUAUUAGCAGGCAAAACAAUUAGCAGAAAUGUCCAACAUUUUUGUCAAGAUAAGUUUUUUCAUAUUUAUAACCAUUUUUUUGGUCAGUACAGCAGGAGCAAAUACUUCAGAAUAUUUUUUUUGCCGCUGUGUAUAUCCAGAUGAACUGACAAAAAACAUUUGAAUAAUAAUGUUAAGCUAAUGUCUUAAGUGGCUCUAAAUAUAUAUCCAACAAGUCUUUGUAAAACUGAUAAUGACAUUACGUGUUUAAUUACUUUUUUGUAAAGCAAACACUUUUAUUAAUUAAUUAACCUUUUUGCAAAUUGGAGUAUAUCUUGUGUAGUCUUGGUCUAUAAAUACUAUUCAAACAUAUUUUACAUAGCAGGAAAAAAAUAUCAUUUUGUACCCAUGGCAUGUAUUUUCACCAAUAAAGUGAUAACGGAUGGGUGACAAAUUGUUCAUAGUCGUUAUCUAUACCUAGUGACAUUGCGUAUUUGUGCAACAAUGAUAAGCUAGCAUAUGCCAACCCUUCCUAAGAUGACUCUAAAUAUCUAUCCAACAGAAUCCCUAUGUGAAAUGAAUAAAGCAGUGGCAGAUAAAUGUUCACAUCAAAAGGUAAGAAAUACCAAGUAUUACUUUAAAAAAAAAUUAUGGUAGAAAAUCAUUAAAUCUCUAAAUUAAUUUUAACAUUUACAUGCAUUUUGAACAUUUAACAUUUAACAUAUAUGUAUAUAUUACAGGUAAAUUAUGAAAUAAAAACAUUGUAUAUACUUUAUGCUGUUUUAUGUUAAAGGGACACUGUAGGCACCCAGAUCACUUCAGCUAAUUGAAGUAGUCUGCGUGCUGUGACCCUUUUGCACUUAGUGUUUACAUUGCAGCUCUAAGUCUGCUCUCUGUGGCUAUCUAACAGAAACCACUAGAGGGCUUCCGGAAUCCGAACUGACCUUUGGUCCGUUAUCUGACGCUGGACGUCCUCAUGGACCUCCAGCUUCAGAUUUUCCCCAAAGAAAGCAUUGAAUAAUGCUUUCCUAUGGGGAGGUCUAAUGCGCACGUGGCCAUUGCGUGGGGGAGCCUGACCAAGCUCCGAGGGACAUUGGAGCUGGAUUCAAGUAAGUGGCUGAAGGGGUUUUAACACCUUCAGCACUGCAGGAGGGGGUGCCUAAUAACUCUAUGUGAUCCAUUUAAGUUUAAAUCAUCAGCUUUCUUUAAAAGGACACUCAAGGCACUCGUGUACACUAGAUUCAAUGUGUUGGUUAGCUUAUAGUUAGUUAUGCUGGGCAUUUUAUUUGUAUAUACAUUUUUUUAGUAUUAACAAUUUAAUCUGCACCCACUUGACUGAAAGCAUUUUAUCUUCUCCAAUAACACAGAUAUACACAAUGUCAUGAAUUCUACCGAAUGUAGUACAACUCACAAUUAGUUUAAUUAUAAAAAAAGGAAUCAAGCUAUCCACUGACUGCUUUGCCCAGCGGCUUUUUUUAAGGAGCUAAUGGCAUGCAUGCUCAGUAAUGAUGGCUGAUGUCAUCACAAUGUGAAUGUGCUUUCAGACAAAGCAAAGUGAUCUUUGGUUGGGUAAGCACCAAGGAACUUUUCAAUGGACACCAUGGAAAUUGACAUUUUUCCUUUAAGAUAAAGGCAGUAUCAUACCAAUGUAGAACGCAUAAAGUUCAGAAUAAAGGCCUCAAAUCAUUCAAGCAUAUUAGCAUAAGCAUUUCUUGAGAAGUGACCAAAUGGGCAAAAGCACAUAUAUUGUAUUUGAUGAUGUUAGUGCUGAAUCAUUCGUGAAAGAACAAAUGUGCAUUCUUGCCACUUUUUUGAUACUUGUAACAACUAAUAUUUUGCAGUAGAAAGAACAUGAACAGCAUUGAAGCAGAAUGAUAAAGGUAUUUGCCUCAGAAAUGCGAGUUACCAAAGCUGUCAAGACACAAGAUAGGUGCCUCCCCUUGUUAAUUUGCAAGCCAGAGAAGGAAGAAAGUAGGUGUGCAUCCUCCAUUUUAUGAUCCAUUUUUGCAAUUAGCAUUUUCUGUUAUUCCUUAACUUUCAUCUAUGCACUACAAAUGUUUCCAAGGAUAAUUUUGAUAAUUGAGUAAGCUCACAGUGUAAAUUCAGAUUUAUGAAUACAUGCAUCACAUUAUGAUGCUAAGAAACAGACUGUUAGAUUUCUUUCAAGGUUAGUGAUGAUUCAGAAGGAAAAUUUUCUUUCUGGCAUGAAGCAUUUGUUUUGUCAGUUGCAUCAUGCCCCAACGUGUUAAUCAUUUAAAUCCUAAUUAUUUACCUGAUGGCAACAAUGCGGCAAAUUUGGUGCACUAUGAUUACUCUAUACUUACCAACGGAAACAUGCCAUUGAUUUCUCUGAAUGCUUUGUUUUUACAAUACAACGGAACAAUGGAUUAACUAAUACAUGGCUUCAAUUAGGCUUUACAAAUUUUGGUCUGCAAGAUUUAAUUUGUCAGCAAAAAUCUGGGACAGCUCAAGAGCAAUAUAAUUAUUCUUUGUUAUUGAUCCAGAAACAGAUUAAUAAAAAAUGAAAUGUUUUUUUUUUCUGUUGAUAAAUAUAGAGCAAUAAUUUUGCUCUACAUGUACCACAUAUGUUGCUGUGAUAAUAUAUAUUUCAUAUUGCACUAAAUGAAAAUGAGGAAUGAUCUCACAGUACAUUAUUUAAUUAACACGUACGUGAAUUCACAUAUGGACUGCUGGUAAAAUGUGAUAUACCAUUCAUAAUUAAUGCCUAUUGCCAAGUAACACUUUUUCCCUUGGUACAUAGGGUGAGCAUCUAUUUGGAAAAGCAUCAUAAUUAAAGCAUUUGCAUAAGCAAACCUGCUGCAUGAUUUGCCUUUUUGCUGCGUUGGUUGCUUUUUUGCUCUCUUUCUUCCAGCUUAUUUUGACUGCUGAUCGGAGUGAGUUGUCUCAUGACUAUGUAUUCAUCAAUUCCAUGGAGAGAAGGCAUUGUUAAAUCAUUCAUUGUUAAUAACAAGGUGAGCAAUCCAUGUUUCAAAUUCCAGUAACUGAACUGUUAUUGAACUUAGGAUGCAGAUGCACAUUACUGUAUAAUUUUUAAGUAAAACUAUUAACUUUUUUCCCCAUUAACUUCUGUUAUGUUAUUAUCAGUUAAUAUUUUGUCUAUUUUCCUUUAAAAUGGCACUUUCACUUGUUGGGUCUUUGUAUUUUUUUUGCAAAGAUUAACCGUACCUUAUCUUUCUGUGUUUGUGUUGGUGCCAGGAAUAAGAGUAACUGGUCAUACCACCUUACCAGUAAGUAGCUUUGGUCAAAAUACUUAAUGAUAUAUGUCCCCUUACCUCAAAUCCUCAUAGAUUAUAAACUUGUUGAGCUCACACCUUUCUACAAUUCUAAAAGGUGUUGAAUAAUUUGUUGCUAUAUAAAUAUUACUAAUAAUAAUACCAAAUGAAGCUACCAGGUUGGUCUACUAAUAAUAAUUUAAAAUGAAGAUACUAGGUGGCACUAUAGGAUGUCUUCUAAUAUAUUUUAUUGUGUUUGAAGUUCAGUGACAUUCCUGCAUAUGAUAUGCACUGAAAAAAUUAAUUAACUUUUACAAAAUAGUACAAAAUCUACAAAAUAAUCUGCCUGGUAGAAUUGACAUGAAAUGUGAUUCUUUAAAAAAUAAAAUAAAAAAAAAAACAGUCAUGCAUUUACGAACUUACGGGGACAUGCAUCACUUGACAAUUAUUUUUUUUAAAAACAACAAGCAAACACAUUUAAACAAAUAUUCAAACAAAAAUAGAGCAAGAAACAUAUGUAAUACAUUUUUAUAAACUUACUAUAAACUUGGCCAGAUUGUUUUGUUUGACAUACCUCUCAGCUAGAGGAUUUCCUCUAGCCUAACCCACCCCCACACCUUUAUGAAUUUCGGACCAGUCCACUAACGACAGAAACAGAGCAUUAUUGUGCAGCAGCAAGAAAGAGAAACCCAACAACCGAGCAUGCUCUGCGUAAUCACACUGAUCAGAUUCCCUCUCUUUCCCCUUGUCAGAUGUUGCAAGGUGGAGAGAUCUUCCAGCUGCACAUGUGUGAAUCUGUCAAGCAUGCUCAGUGCACUUUUACAGCAUUCCUAGGGAUAGGACACUGAUUGGUUAGAUCAGUAUCCCCCUCCCAGAGAGGGGUGUGUAAAGCAAAGAAAGAAGAAUUGUGUAAAGAAAAAGCAAUAUAUUUGCCUGCUUUUUACAGCCUGCAGAGUAAGGCAGCUAAUGCUUUUGAAGUACACAAUUGUCUACAAGUGCAUGAAUCAAAGAGUGGAAUGAGGAAUGUAUAUUCUCAGUGGAGAAGUAUGUAAGAUAAAAUAACAGUUUGUGAAUCAUAUGCCAUGUUUAAAGUAUCUUGUUUUAUGAAAAUGAAAACAUUUUGGGAGAUCAUGUCCCUCAAUCCAGCUUUGCAGAAGUUGCAAUUUGGUAUAAAAUUAUUUUGCUUCAUUCAAAAUUCUUAAAAAAAAAAAAAAAAGUAUAAACAAAAAUACAAAGCAAGCAGCAGAAAACAGAUAGAUAGAAUAAAGAACUGCAAGGCACAUUUACAUAGAAACAUAGAAUGUGACAGCAGAUAAGAACCAUUUGGCCAUCUAGUCUGCCCAAUUUUCUAAAUACUUUCAUUAGAUCUAUCUAAUGAUAAUUUCUAUCUCUCAUGUUUAGCUAAAUACUUUUGUUAUAACUAACUGUAUGAUAUAACAUUAAACAUGUUGGAAAGUAAUACGUCGCUACUAGCCAAGUUACUUCAGUUUACUAGUUAGUUAACAAACAUUUGCUUGUCAUUUCUUAAUUGUGCCAGAUAACAUACGUUAUGUUAAUUUAGGAGGUGUCACUUUUUCAAGCAGCAUGGCUAAAUUUAAACUUGCAGAAAUAAGUCACACCUUCUUUGUGACAAGUAAAUAAACGGAAUAUACCACAAUCUGCAGAACCAAUUAUUUUUUAUUUAUUUUUUACUGUGUUGUGUGACUGUCAACACGCACUAAUCUAUAUCAUCCUUUAAGCCUUAAAGACCCAAGUGUAUACAAUUUGUGACAAUAAUCUGCCACCUGCUUUGCCAAUCAGCUUGAAUUUAAGGAGAGAGUUGGGGCCAGAUGUAAUUAGAAAGAAGCAGAAUUGAAUUACUGCUACAGAUCAUUGCAGGCACAACUGAGUGACAUUUGAUUGUGUAUGUAUUUCAAUUCUUUUCAGAUAAACGCUUUGUCUGUGGAUUACUGUUUCCAAAAAAUCAAUGUGUCUCCACAAGCAAUGAAGAAGCAAUGAAACAUCAAUCUACACAUACAGUACAUCUCUACGAUUUGAUCUUAAGAAUUGUGUUUUAUUUUCAGGACUUAAACAGAUGAUUGUUUGCAUAUGUGUGAAAGUUAGAACACAUAGUUCUAUUGAUAUGUCACCAGACAGGAGAAUGCAAGAAUAUAAAAUGGUAUCACCUAAUUAUAAAAUGGAAACAAGCUAAACAAAUAUAGAGUUGUUAUGGGAGUCUAGCAAAAAACAAUACAAAAGCAUUGAAAUCUAUUUUUAUGCAUAACUAGUAUCUCUGCACACAUGGCAAACUCGUCCUCAGUUUUCAGAUCCAAAAUAUAUGUUUCUUUAGAAUAUAAUACUAGAAAUCUCUGUUUCACUCUUCAAUACUACUUCCUUUUUGAAUGAAAUAUCAAACAGGAAUUUCCUGCACAGUGCAAUAAUUAACAGAACAAUCUAUUUUAAAAUCUCUGUUUCUUAAACGUACAUUUCUACAAUACAUUACCCAAGAAUAUUGAUAUUGUCACUAAAUAACACGUUAUCUUAUUUCAUCUCUAGACCAUACAGACAAGCAAUUGCUGCAUGUCAUAAUGGAGAUGUCACCCAUGUUUCAUGGUCUUUUUCCAUGUUAAUCAAUAAAAAAAAAAAUGUAAAAAAAUUACUGAUAUAGAUAUAUCCCUUCUUCUCAAAUUCCAAAAUUACCUUUUUUCUUACAGUAACAAUUUAAAAUGUCUUUCCUCUACUAAUGGCCCUGACAUUAAAAUCUUUCUAAAAGCUGAAACAUAUUUCUUACCAUAAUUCUCAUGUGCUUUUAGUACAUUUAUUAAUCACAUUUAUAAUAUUUAAGACACAUAAAUGUAGUAUUUGGAUUUAUAAUGCUUUUGAAUUUCUAGUUUACGAUUCUAACAUUUUCAAAGUAUAGAAACAAUACUCUUUCAAACAUAUUUUUUUCAUUUUGCAUUUGUGCCCUUGAAGCACAAUGUUUUUUUUUUUUUUUGCACGCAUGUGUUACUGUUCGUCAAGGUACAUUGUGCUGUUCAGAACCUUUUUGUAUCCAAAUGAUCUGCAGAUGUUUUGUUUGAACAGAUUAUCUUGGAAAAUGCAGUUUUCUUUAUGAGAAUAAUUAGCAACUAAAAGUUGAAUGCAUAUUCUAUUCUAGAAUAGGUUUUCACAGUCCUUUGAUGCUUAGAGACAAUUAAGCUAAUUACCUUUUCAGUGUCAUCUGCUUUUAUUUGAUUGUUUAUUUUUUUUAUUAUACUUGAAUUUGAAGAUUACAAAUCUGGUACAAACAAUAAAAUGGGUAGCUAUACUUAGUUUCUUAUAAUUCUGCUAAACUAGCGCUAUUCAUAGUGAUUAUUAAAAGAAAAAGAACUUGGACAUAUGUUUAUGUGAAAAAUCUUUAGAAAGGUAUCAAAGGAACAUCUAAUGGAAAAUGCAGGCAAACAAUAAUUGUAGAGUCUUGCUAAAGCUUAUUUGUUUCAGGCUUUUAAUGUUCCAUUUGUGUUGAGCUUUUUCAUAAGGUAUAAGUGGGAGAAAGCUGUCCUUAAAUUAGGUACAUUUGGCGUGUUAUUGUUUGUUCUCCCUAUACUGCACUCAGAUUGAGUGCUGUGGGUUUCUGAUGAUCUCCAGAUCAAUUUAGUUAAAAGCCUUUUUGAAAGUCUGUGUUUUUAUUGGACCUGCUCAAUGCUGAUACUCAAUUGAUUCUACUUAUUUUCCAUUUGCUUGUAUAAAUUGUGUUUUGACCAUUUGGAUUUGAGAUGCUUUUAGUGGCAAGACACUGUACAGGUGCCCAUACUAACAUUGAUAAUGUGUUGUAGAUAAUGAUAUAUAUGCAAAAAUAGACCAAGUUGUUACAUAGUUGUCUAGGUUGAAAAAAAAAAAAACUAAAGUCCAUCAAGUUCAACCGUGAAGCCCAUUUAGUGUUGAGAAGUUGGAAAUGAUAGGUGAUAGAGACUAAACCUUCAGAAGUUUACUAGCAAUGAAUUAGAAAAAGAAAGGCUUUAGAAUGGAUUUAUGUCUGCAAAUAAUGUUUAACAAGACAAGCUGAAAACCUUAAACAAGCCAAUAUUGGGCAGAGAAGAAGUAGGCAUGACAUGACACAAAUGUUUAACCUUCUCAAGAAAUGUAACAAGAUACAACCAAUGUCAUAUCUGGGAAUCCCCUCUCUCCUCCCCCCCCCCCCAUAUAUAUUAUGACAUAACGAAUGCAUUUUAAAUACAGAAUAGACAUGAUUGGCUUUUUCCCUUCCAAGUCAACGUGACGUAAAAUACGCUGCACUUAACAUUGCCAAAUUACAGCAUUCAGCAAUACACUAAAGCAACCAUCAUAUCUAAAGAUAAUGCCACUAUGCAAAAAGCACUAUAUAACUAAAAUAUUGUUCUAAAAACAAUAUAUUAUAUAUAAAUUUGUAAGCACUUUGGUAACAAAGUGUCACUGUGUUCUUGUUAAAUGACAGGUGUUGGGUAAUCUCCAGAGACAUCAUAUUGAGUGUUAUCACAAGAGGUUUUUAGUCUUCAUUUUUCACUGCGUAAUAAAAUGUGAAGAGCUGAUAUAAUUGUAUCAGGGUUCUGAGCCAAAAAUACUUAAAUGUAGUUCCUUAAUGAAAAACAGUAAAGACAUUUCUUUUUUAGAAUACUAGCUUUAUACGUACAAUUUGAAUCCCAGGUCACAAUAACCUUAAAAAGAUAAAUUGGCUCUUAUAAUUACUACAUCAGUAAACUUUGUGUUUGUUCUAUGUACACAUAGUUAAAAAUGAUAAGGGAGAUAAAAAAAAAUCAUGAUAACUUUCCUUUAAAUAAGAAAGCUAUAUUCUGUCUUUUCUUUACUGCUCUUAAUUACCAUCUGGUUCCCAGAGGUUAUAAAAAAAACUGGCACUGCUCACGCUGUGAGUGUGGCAAUUACAUACAGGCCAGAUAAAAAUAUAUGUAGUUAUUUCAGGGCAGGACUACUUGGCACUCUGCAUCCUUCAUCACCUGAAUAUUGUAACUGUGUCAGUUGUAAAAAUGGCAUAGUUCUCUUGCUGGGAAAAUGACAAUUAAAGGUCGAAAUUAAAGAGGAAAGCUGUUAUUUCAUGGUUGUGAUAUCCUGCACUUUAAACUCUUCAGUUUAUGAAGGAUGUGCUGAUAAUAUAAGGAUGUUCUUCCCCUCUAUAAUCUGUAUAAUGUAAGCAUGUUAAAUUAUAUUUUAAAAAUAAUUGCCACUUGUGUAUUCUGCAUAGGCUGUUCAGUAGUUGGGAUGUGCAGAGUACUUUUCUUAAUAAUUCAUGGAGUUUUUUAAUUUCAAUUGGAAAUGCUGCAUUUCUUAACAAAUGUGAAAGCCAGCUUGAAUUCAGAGAAACUGAUAAUGACACACAUUGAUAAAGAAGCCAACCUUUAAGACUGAUUUUAAUCAAAAUGGUACAGAACCUGAAUGUUAGGGUAUAGACACAUUUAAUUUCAUGGAAUAAUUUAUGCUUUUCAGCCAUUACACAUUUGUCUUCUAGCAAUCAGUGUAAUGAUCUAAAAUGUUAAUUCUGGAACUCUCCUGAUCUGCAUAUAUGUAUAACUGGGAAUAUUGUGGUUACUAUUAACUAUAGUAUACAUGUACAGUGUUGUAAAUUAAUUUGGUAGGAGUAGAUGUCUCAGCCAUUUCAUCCUUACAAAUACAAUGGGUUUGCUGUGGUGAAUAGAGAACCAGAAAAUAUAGACUAAAAUAGAAGAGUUGGAUAAAAUCUCCACAAUCGCACAAUAACCUUUUUUUCUGACUUGACUAUAUUAACUUUUUCUGACUUGACUAUUUUUGUAAGUUAAUCCUUAUGUUUAAUUUAUAGACCAUUUAAAGUCAACCAUUAUAGCAAUGGUAUUCAAAGGAGUUUUUUUUCUUUGUUUACGAUAUAAGACAAUGCCAUCUUACUUGCCAAUCAAUCAGGAAGUUAUUAGGCUUUUUUUUUUUCAUGUGGUUCAUCGAAAAAGUCACAAAUUAGGUCAUUUGUUGUAUUGUAGUUUAAAGAUCAUUAUAUAACCUUAUAAUACAUAUAUACAUAUCAGUUAUCAACGGGUAUUCCAUAUUUUCCUAUUUUACAUGUUUAAAUAAUGUUUAAAAUCAUACAUAUUUCUUCAAACAUGAAAUGUGAAUGGAUAAGGCCAAAUCAGUAUAAUUUUAGCAACCUAGAUGUCACGGUCCAGGUUUUAUAAUUCGUCUUUUUUUAAAUUAACUGGCAAAUCUCUCAUUACUCUCAAAAUGAAAUGUGAAAAUAUUCAUCAACUGAUGGAAAAUGGAAUUUGGAUUCCUUUUAUUCAACUAUGAUACUACAUAUUUUAUAGUUGUUAUUUACCUAAAACAAAGACUGUUUAGAAAUAGAUUGACUAACAGUUAACAGGUUGGAGAAUAGAUCUCUAUUUAAGAGACAGUGUUAUCUUAUAGAGCACCAUCUUCAAGUUGAUUAUUGUCCAUUACUCUCCAACUUUUUUUUUUUAAAUUCUUUAUUUUGUGAUGACAGAAGGCAUAUUUGAGGCUUGUGCAAAAGCCGUAUUAUAGUCCAGUUAACAAUCGUUAGGUACAGAAAGGAAAAUUGGUACUCUCCAUCUUUUUACAUCCCAAUGUUACUAAUCACACUGUCGAUAGAGAAAAUUGUUUUUGUUAAACUUUUAAAGGGUAUGUUUUAAUUAUCUAUGCAUUGCAAACAAUAAUGACACUUUCUAUGAAGGGAGAUUGCUAUCAUUUAGGCAGAAACAGAUGUCUACCUGUUGGCUUGUCACUGGCCAACAAAUAGUUUUUCUGUUUCUGUUUGAUGACAUCUCCCUGGGUAACAGCUGUUGCUCUGCUACCAUUCCACACAUUAUGUGGAGCCUAGAAGCUUAGCACCAGCUGAAGAUCCCAAGGUAAGCUAUCCUGCAAACCUUCUCAUACAAUAGUCUGUGUCUUUAUGGGUUAUUUACUAAAGCAUUUCAGUGCAGAAGCAGCACAAUGUUUAUCAAAGAAAAUUAAUGUUAAAUUAAACCAAAAGCCAUUGUUUGAUUUAAUCAAUAUUAUAUUUUUGCAUUACUAACCAAGUCCUAUUUUUGCAUCUGAAAAGAUUUAGCACAUAACCCGUCUAUUUAUGUGUGCAUCCCAGUCGUAUUAUUAUUGGUGAACUGCAUGUGUAUUAACAUACUAACCACUGAAGACACACAGUAAUUUCAACCACUGAGUCUACAGUUUUGAUUUUUUAAUAAAUUUGACUAACACCACUUACAAACAACUAACAAACUAACCAGGAACUAAAAGCAUGCUCUACUAACCUCAUUUUCUACUAACCAUGCAGAGAAACAGCAAACCUUUCAAGUUACUGACUCUGCCUAUCUCUCUUUUCUUAUUACUAACAUGCUAAUUACAAACCAACUAACUCUAACUGCUUGUUCUGUCUUCUGAAUUGUCUGGUGUGGUACAAUACAAGUGUGAAAACCCUGAGGAAAAGAUGUGGAGUCCGCAAUGCUGAUGUACUAACAUUAUUUACUAAUGAGAAAACUAAUACGUAUACUAACUGAUCUAAGCACUCUAACGAAAAUCUGUCUGCUCUUCAGCAAUGGGACACUGUACAAAAUGACAAACUUUUUUUUCCCGAGCUGCAGGUCAAUUAAAGUAUUUAAUGCUAAUAGCCAACAACCAAGCAUUAACUAUUUAACAUUUGGUAUGAAGUAUAUAUAUAAGUUUCCAGUCAGUGAGAAAUUAUGAGAUUAUGAAAUUACCAUAUCAGAUCAUAUGAUUUGAACGAAUGCACCUGAUGUGUUAGUCUUUUAUACAUAUAUUAACAUAUAAGCAGGCUGGUUGUUUCUAUAUGAACAACUUGAUAUCCUCAGAACACUUUUUAAUUUACUAUCCUCAAAACAUUUUUGUAAUAUUUAUAGUUAAAAUUUAAAUUGUAGUGGACUUAAAGAAGGAGUUCUAUGUUUCAUGCUAUCAAAAAUAAACCGUUUUGGAUAUUUUGCAUGUAUGAACGAUAGUGGAUGAACUAGCAGAAACAGCUGCCAUCAAUGUAGAUUUAAACUGUACUUGCUUACCGUUCUUACAAUUGACUGAAUUGUAUUAUAAUAAUAUAUAGACAAAUGGUUACAGAUUUAUGUGUCUUCAAAAAGCUUGAUACAAUAAAGCAACAUUUGCAAGUCAAAAGUGCUGCUGUUUAUUAAACACCCAUAAGUAUAACGAGUAAUAAUUUUAAGUGGUCAUUUAACAAUUUAAGAUAUUUUUUUUUCCUCAUUCAUAUUGUUUUGCUUUAAAAUGGUAGAAACACAAAGAACUUUCAAUUGUUUGUCAUUUUGUUCAGCUGUCUUGUGAACAUGUGUUUUGCUUAAGUGCAAUCGCAGAUUAAAGUUCAAAUUGUGCAUUCCUAGAUCUUUGUGGAAUAUAACACAUUUGUUUUCUUUAACAUCCAAUAUAAUAUUUUGCAUGGAUUUUCCGAUUUUUUUUAACAAACCUAAUGCAUGCUAGUAACUCAUAAGGUACUUACAUCCUUUGAGUGCCCGAGAGGAAUGACAGGAAUCAUUCAUUCUUUUCUGGCACCCAGAUGGUUAACAAAGACUAUCUGCCCAUUGCUACAAUAAUACUAACUCAAAAUGCACGCAUAAGGCUUCAUAGAAAGAAUUCCUUAAUUUUUUUCUAAACAAUAUAUGACUAAUACUUACUAACUCCUAAUGCAUGCAGAAGGCUCAGUAUAGAGCAUUUGUGCAAUUAACCUCUCCAGCAAAUUGAAUAUUAAUCUACAGCAUGACACUUGAUGUAAUAUCAGAGAAUUACUUUGUUGUAAACAGCAACAGUUAUCCUGUUAAUGACUCUGGGCUAGAGUCUUAUAUUGUAUCUUAUAUUGAAUAUUGAAGGAGAUAUUCCAUUAAUGAAAUGUGCUGCCGAAUGAUGCUGUUUGGCUUAUUAAGUCAAAAAAGUUGAAUGCCUUUCAAGCUAAAUCAAUCCAUACUGUUGUAUAACAAUUAAAUACAAUUUCAAUGUUUUUGAUCAGAGAAAAAUUUGGUUGGCCAUAGAGUCCAAAGGAUUAUUUAAACCCAUUAAUAUCUAAAUAGAAACAGUGUCUGGCUUUAUCAAUCCUUAAUAUUCAUUUUUAGGAAGCAUCAACUUGGCAGCUUUUGUGUCUUUUCUUCUUUCUUUUUAUUAGCCUAAUCAACUCAAUUUAACAUUUUGACUUCGUAGAACAUUAUUACAAGUUAUUACUGCUUAUUUUAAUAUGCGUGUAUCAGACUGUAUGUAUGUAUGUAUGUAUGUAUGCGUAAGUAUAUAGCUCUUGAGAUGUUUCAUGAACAUUUUAUUAGUAUAGUAUUUCUACUAACCCAAUGAAAUUCAUGAUAUAUCGUUUUCCUAAUACCAUUUUCAUGAAAAAAUGCUAUUAACUUACAACACGUCUUCAAUAAUUAAAGUAUCAGCAAAACCUCAUACAGUACAUUACUAAUAAUUUUAAAUAAACAGUGUAGCAGUAAAGAUACAAACAUGUAUUCCUAAUGCUACAGUGUUACCCUUCCUAUUUAGGUGUCUGCCUCAACCCCCAUUAGGAUUUAAAAGGCAGUUUUACUUAUCUUUACUCACUUGCCAGUUUUGCAGUGGCAACCCCUACUCCCUGGAUAAGAUAAUCAAGAAUGAUCAUCAUAGCCAAUCCAAUGCUUCUCCAUCAGGAAGCAUUGGGAGGCUAGUGCACAUGUGCAUCAAAGCACUGUGCUGCACCAAUCAAAUAUGCUUUAUGAGCAACAUUUGAUUGAACAACUGAGUGGGAAGUAGAAACAACCUCUAGGGGCUGUCAGAAAGACAGUCACUAGAGGUGUGUUUAACUCUGCAACCAUAAAAUUGGUAAAAUUGCCAUAUGUACUUAAAGGGAAACUCCAGACCUGUAAAGCACUUUUAGCUUGCUGAAAAGCUUUAUGUGUGAAGAGUGUGUCUUCUGAUUUAUUUUUACAAAAAGUGCAGAUUUCAAUAGAAAUUGGCACUUUUAUAAAUUAACCUGGUGAUACCCCCCAGACAUCAGGUGCUGUUACUUCCUUGUUUCCUAGCGUCCCUUAACUGCAAUGUCUUAGAUUACAGGGUUAAUAUAGUUCAUUGAGGUGAGGUUAUCUGGUUGCCUUUAUAAAGGCAAAGCAUAUACUAAAAUUCUUGCUCAUUCUUUGUAAAAAUAAAUCCCACACAAAGAGUCUGAGAUUUUAAAGAUGCCAUACAAUCUUUUUGCAAUUUUUCUGUCUUAGUUGUGAAGGUAACUAAACAGUUACAUUAUAAACAACUGUUAAUCUUGUAUAAAUGUUAGAGAUAUUGACAGCCUCAGUGAUCUGCGGCUUGACAGACAUGCUCAUAGUGUUUAGGAAGCAAACAUAUACUUUAGUAUCCAUUUAAUGCUCAAUAAUUGUAUGUUUCAAGAAUACCCAAUUCUAAUGCAUGCAGAGUGUUAUACACAGGCCAAUCUACCUUCAUAUUUUGUAAAAUGUAUUCAUACUUUACAAUGCUAACCAUUAAACACAGAGCAAUUGAGUUAGAUCGCAGAUUCCUACUAAUACCAUCAAAUCCAACUCUCUAGAACCAUGGUUGCUAUUUGCUAUUUUAACCUUGAAUAUAAUAACAAUUAUAUGAGAUUAAAGAAAGCAGAGUGCAUAACAACUAAUAGCGCUGAUGAAUAUUGGUGCUAUGAAUUGAAUUAAAAAAAAUAUUUAAUAUUGUAUAGAAUAGCUGCACAAUGCUAUUUUAAGCUUGCCAUUGUGAUUUCAAAUGAAAAGGUAUCUGAUCAUAUCUCUUAUCAAACAUAUCGUAUGAUAUAAUGAAUAUUACAUUGUGUUACUAUUUAUUUCUGCAUUUAAAUGAUAUAGCUGAUAUAAUAAAAAAAUGUAAAGGUCAGAAUUUCACCAAAUUAGCAGUUGAAUUGGCCUUAACCAUAAACAUUUUGUUAGAUACUUAUUAAGAUCCUAUACUUAAACUGAUAAUUACUUUACAAUUUAAAAUGCACUUUUAGUAAAAUACAUAAAUUAUUAUUUGGAAUAAAAGUGAAACCUAUCUAUGAUAUGUAUUUAUGUAUCAUCUAUCUAUCUAUCUAUCUAUCUAUCUAUCUAUCUAUCUAUCUAUCUAUCUAUCUAUCUAUCUAUCUAUCAAUCCUGCACUGCCCAACUGUAGCCUUACAACUGUUGGACUAUUAUAACUCCAAUCAUCCUAAAUAUGCAGAGGAAGCUGACUGAUGACUGUUUGAGAAGUAGACUUUUCCUUAAAAAAUAGUUACUCCAAGCAUCAUGACCACUAUAAUUAUUUAAAUUGAUCAUGGUGUCUGGAGUCUGUAUGUGUAGCAUUUCACUUUGAAAUACUACACAUAUGUAUUUUAACCCCUCUGCUGCCAGAGGUGUUACUCCGCCUCCAGCAGAGUCAUUGGAUUGUCAUUAUCCAGUCUGGAACUAGAAUUCUGGCCUGGUUAAUACCAACUCUAACUUCAACUGAAAAUAUCAUUGGACAGAAUGCCAGCCAUUGGAUGAGAGUGGCCAGCUGAUGCGUCAGCAUCACCAGACCACCAGGAAGCCGUAGAUCCUGGUAGGAACCCAGGUAAGGGGCCAAGGUGUAGCUAAAUGGUAAUCCUGCCAUCAUAACCAAUACAGUGAGCUUUAGUUGUUUUGAUGGUUGGAGUAACACUUUAGUUCUUCACUAUACCCUGCAAAUGUACAGAAUGAUAUGCAAUACAUUUAUCCCAAAUUGAAGAAUUGAAGAGCAUAUUUGACUUACUUUACUGUGAAAUACAAUCAAAGGUAAAAGUACAUUCAUUUUUUUUUAUAUUCAUACAUUUUACAUUAUAUUUCAAUAUCAUACAUUCUAAACAGAGGCAAAAGCAUCUGAGUUUACUGUUGUGUGUGUGUGUUUUUUUAGUAACAAUUUUAUCCUGAGGAAUUGUCAUUUAAAAAUAGACUACCAGCCCUCACAGUAAAUGUGAUUUAGCCCGGCCACAUGUUGUGUGGAAAUAUCCACUUAAACACAUAAUUACAUAUGCCUACAAACUCCAGGAUCUCUGUAACAUCUGCUCAGUGUCUAUCAGCAGACAUUCCUUGGAGUGCAUAUAUUGUUGUACGCUCAGAUUCAGUUAAUUCAUGCAUGGUUUUAGCAUAUGAUAAGUUUUAGGCAUAUGCUACCAAAUAGGCAACUAAGAAUAUUUUUAAUUUAGUAACAAAGCAGUACAGAUUAAUUUCAGUUAAACUCUUCAGUGUGUGUGUGUGUGUUUAAUGAUUUGAAUGAGAUACUAGGAGAAGGAGAAAGUCAAGCAUUUACAUCAAAUGCUCAGAAUAUUAAUCAUGUAUAAAGAAUGCAGCUAACUGUACAGCACACAGCCACAUAACAAUUCAAAAUAAUUUAAAGGAGCACUCUAAUUGUAAAUAUACAUGUUGUUAGUCUAGAUUUGGUCUCCAUUAAAAAAAAACAAAACAAAAAAAACUUGAAAUGUAAAAUUUCUGGAUUUUGUAAUUUAGCACUGGGACAGACUCCUUUCUGCAGCCUGAUUCUCAAACCAUUGAGUUAAAAAUCCUGAUGACGUCUAUUGAGUCAGAUGCAUCUCAGAGAGAUGCAUUAAGGACACGUGACUUUCAGCAUACUUUGUAUGUCACAUAGAAUCAAUAAUUUAAUGUAUUUCGGCUGGAAACCUUUAGUAGCCACUAGUAGACAUGACAUUGCCAAAUGUAAACAGUGCCAUUUCCUGAGAAAUAGCACUGCUUAAAACAUCAAAACUGCAGGGACACUAUUUGUAAUGCUGCAAGUGCCUACUCUUGUUGCUGAAUUCAUGUUUGUUUAGUAAAGAGACUUUAGUAUAAAAGUACAUUUAUAUUCUAUAAAAAGCUAUUAUCUUUCUAUCGCUUCACCUCUUUUAAUAACUAACUCAAUCGGUAUCUACUUUAUGUGUACUCAGAUAAACCAACCUUCCUUCCUUCCUUCCUUUACAAGUGUUAAAACAUUUUUUUAAUGAAUGUGAUUCAACUAACUAACAAAUUAAAACUAACAUGUAUGUUUUAACCAACUGGUUUGCUUUAACAACUAACAUAUUGCUAACAAUCUGCUGUUAACUCGGAUGCACUCAUAUGCAAAUUGCGACUCAACUCUGUCAUGGAUGGCACAUAUCUCAAGGUGAGCAAUACAAUGUGAUGUAUUGGAAGCACAUGAAAAGAAUGUACAUUUUUUCAGUAUAAAUUCGUAGCUAGAGGAGUAAAGUAUUUGAUUUAUAAUAGAUUCGAUAGAUCUUAUUGCAAAUUCCAUGACAAACUUGUGUUCAUAAGCAUGACUAACAAUCUUAAACCAUGUAUUGUCCUAACACUGUCAUGGAUGUAUCUCUUAAUAUUACUUACCAAUAAAGAAACUAAUAAUACUAAACAAGAGCUAACAUAUUUUAUUAAUAUACUAACAUUGUGUUAAUCUGUAUUAAUAUAGCAAAAGGACACUCUUGGCACCAUAACUCCUUUAUAAAAUUAGCCAGAGGAGCAAAGGGUGGCAACUCUCUUUGCCUAUCACUGUUGCCCGUCACUGGUAAGACUAGGUAUAGCUAAUGUGAAGUUACAAUCCACUUUAGUAAUAUCUUCAGUGGGAGGCAGAGUGACCCAGAACCCUCAUUCAAUGUCAAACAGAUCAAAAAUAGUUCAAAAUUGAACAGUGGAAUGGUGCUAUGGGACUCCAUGCACCAUAACCACUGCAAUGAGAUAAAGUGGUUAUGGUACCCUGAUUGUUCAUUUAAGCAGCCCUGUCAAUGUUGCAACCACUAGAGAAAUAUUUGAAGAAGAAUUAUUGUUUGAAAUGGUUAGAAAAGAAGUUUCAAUUAAUGACUGUGUCUGUAUAUGCCAUAUGGAAUCUUCUGUUGUCAGUUGGUUCCUUAAGGUAUAAGGUUUUGAAUAAAACAUAUUGCUUAACGUAGUGGUAAAAAAAACAUAGAACCCAGUGGACUCUUUUGUAUAUGAAACCAAUAGUGCAUCAGUGCAUUUCACUUAUUACAUCAACCCUACUUGUAAUUUCUAUAUAGUCAUCAUAUUGUGUUUACUUGAAAUAAUGUUUUAAUGAAACCAAAUUGCUAUUAUAUUUAUUAAGAAUACAUACUAACACAAAUAUUAUUAAACUGUCUGUAUUAUACAAUAUUUUUAUUACUUAUUAAAAAAAAUAUCUCAACCAGUUAAAUUAACAGUAACUUUGCCUCUCUUAAUCAAUUUGGAAAUACCUAUAAAGUUGUUAAUUUUAAGAAUACAGCGGAAGGGAUCCAGUUGCCACAAAUCACCAUAGAUAAAAAGAAAUGGGAGAUAAUUUCAACAUGUUCAUGCUCUACAACUCUUCUUGCCAUUUAGAUGUGGUUGAGUCAAAAUUAACUCAUAUACUUGAUUGCAAAUUGAAACAGUUAUUAAUUGACCUUCUAAAACCCUUGUGUUUUCUGUAUUUAUGAAAAAUUGUCAACUAGUAGUUGCUCCAAUUAGACUUGUGCUGCUUCACUUCUAUCACUGGCUCAUAUUAAGAGCUGUAAUUUGCAGAAACUGACUCUGCAGAGAAGAAAACUAAUACAUAAAAAUGGAUAAAGAAGACAAUGCAAAUGUGUAACAGUAUGUCCAACUGAUUAUAGUCUAAUUCCACUUUGGUAGUGUUUCCAUCCUAAAAAAAAAUGUUUCUUAAAGUAGCAUUAUUGAUUGUCUAUAAAAAGUAAUGUGCACAAACAAAAACCCUAUCUAAUCUAAUAAAAGCUUGGUAGCCUGGGUAAAAGGGUGUUUCAAGUAUAGAAUUUCCUGCUGCAGUCCUUGUAAUCAUCAAUGUACCUAUAAAUGCAAUAAGCAAACUAAAGACAGUAACAUUUCAUUUUUGGUAUCUGUGUGAUACUAGUAUUUAAAUGUGAUCUACACUCUAAUUUUGUAAAGGCUUUUCAUGUCUUAAACAUAGAAGAAAGUAUAGUCAUAUGAAUAUGUAAAACUUGAAACAGAUAAUAUAAUACUUUGAGAUAGAUCAUAGAGCGAUUUCAACUAAACUCUGAUCUUGCCAACUACUUUUAAAGAAAUGCUAGUUUAUAAAGUUGUUCAGGACCAACAGUUCACAAAUAGCUUAGUACCAAUUUAAGCCAAUUUAGUCUUUCUUAAGUUUAAUGGAACUACCUUUGUUUCAAUGUCAAAUAUUUAUUUUUUAUAACUUGAAUGAAAAAAUAUGUUGCCAAAUUACAGCCAAUUAGUCAAAAAUAUAGCUAAGUUUGGGUCUCUAUGACCCCUCUUAAUCGGAUGCAGAGGAAUUUUAUCAAUAUUAAAGGAAUUUUAUCAAUAUUAAAGGAAUUUUAUCAAUAUUAAUUUUAUUUAGUUGUUGAUCACAACCCUUACAGAUUUCUAAAUAAAAGUCUGUCAAAUAAAACAAUUUAAAAUGCAUCCUCAUCUGAAAUAAGCAUUCUUGAACUUAAAUAAACCCUUAAAGUCUGAAGCAAAAACAUUAAUCCUCAUAACAGAGAAUAGCAACAUUAAAUUAUGUUAUUAUAUUUUUACUUAAGCGUGGGACAACACCAGGUCACUCCUGGCACCAUAACCACUAGAGUGUAAUCAUGCUUAGAAUUUUCCUUUAAAUGCCUAGGAAAGGUUAAACCAGAAGAGUAGUUAUUUUAUACAUUUAAAUUCUUUUACAUAUUUUAUAUUGUUACACAUACUAUUACAUUUUCCCAAUAGCCAUGUCAUUUCCCUUCGUCACAGUUUUGCUCUAUCCAAAUAUACAAGUCUGGUUUUAUUUUAAAGGGUGUUGCACAUAACCUUUAAUUACGUUGUUACUUUUUUACUUAGAUGGUAUUUGUAGUCACAAAGAAAACUUAAACGAGUCAAAAAUGACAUAAUGUGAGCAAAGCAUUGUCUUCUUUUUUCAGAGUGCUAUAUAUUGCACAUGACUAGUGCAAAUACUAAUGGACCAUACUAACACGUUGGAGCAGAGAAGAUCAACCUGUGGCUAUCCAGCUGUUAUUGGUCUACAGUUCCCAUCAUCUAGCUGCGGCUGGCCAAGAACAGCUGGAAAGGGACAUGUUGAGCACCUCUGCUUGAGAGUUUGUGCUUCCUUUGCUUACCGUAGCUCUGUCACUCUUUUUUCACACAAUUAUAAAAUUCUUCUACUAAUUCUUCCUAUAUGUUGCUUUUCUCUAGUUGCUAAUGAUAACACUUUUUAGGUUUUAGUUGUAAUAUAGUAUGUAUUUAUUUUUUUAAGAAAAUUUAUAUUUUAAGGCUCACAAAGGCUCAGUUAGAUUGUGAAUCUUCUAUAAGUAUUUUUUUUUUACACACACCACUAUACUAUUUUCUUUAGAACUUGGCUAACCUCAUCACAGUAUGUGCAGCAAUAAACGUUUAUGAAAUAAGUAAAAUCUGGAGAUGAUCAAGCAUAUGACCAUUAGGAAAGGACACAAUAGAAAACAACAACAACAACAACAACAACAUCUAGACAACAUUAGGAGAAGAAUAUACAUCUAUGCAAAAAAGAUGACAGAUCCACUUUAAAAUAAAGGACAGGUAUACGAGCACAUUGCAUGUUGAUUCUUAUUGAAAACUGUAAAAAAAUAUGAUCUUGAUCUUAAUAGUAUAUACGAAUCUCUUAAACACUCUAAGAUAAUUAUUUACCAAACCAGAAAUUGUGGAAAAUUUACAGUGAAAUUGGAAUUAUCGGUCUUAUUUUGGACUAAAGGUUUCAAUCUCCUUGUCAAAUAGCCACAGCUCUCUGUUUAGUAAAUGCAACCUCAAUGGGCUAUUCACUAAGCUGACUAAGAGCUGUUCACUAAACUGGAUAAGGGAAUUGUUUAAAGUAACUAAGUUGGAAAAAUGUUUUCAAUCUGCCUCUUCUUGACCGAAAUCUGCAAUUCCUUAUAAAUAUAUUUUAAAAAUAUUGGUUUAGUGAAUAACCAUAUCAGUGCUUAACCCUAUAUCCCUUAACGGUAGCUGGUAAAUACAGCAGGUCAUUCGAAGUACCAUGUACUUGGAUCAACCAGGUGUGAACACUAAUUUCGUGAAACAGUGACUGCAGCAUGAUAUUUCACUAACUUACUAACCUGUGACCUGAAAUGCGCAUGUCUUGUGGCAUCCAGGAGAAUUUUAACAUUGUUAACUUAUUAACUUUGUGGGGCUGACCUAACCAUUAAAUACAUUAAGUUGUAUAAACUCCAUUCCUCAAGGACCUUGCAGUAAAAAAGAUUGUGCAACAAAAAAAAGUGUACAAGAAGGCAUAGUUAUUUUAAUUUGAAUAGUAGUAUACACGCACUCUACUCUAUUAGAGAUCCUUGAGAACUGGAAACCAGAAGUCAAUGUAAAAAGUAAAAACAAAUAAUAAAACAUAAUAAUUACUUUAAUCUGGAUGAGCUUUUCACCAUAAAAUAGAAGUAUUCAGAACCUGGGAUCUAAGAGUAACGAGAAAUUUCUAUACCUUAUUAGUUUUGGUUAUUUGGCCUACCAGUCUGAAUUUUGUCCAAAGUAUUUAGUAUUCAGACAAUGUGAGCGAGCACAAAGUCCUCUAUUUAAUAUAAUUAGAUACACUUUUCAAAUGAUUUCAUAUGCUGCAUAAACUUUAGAAAUAUAUAUAUUUUUAUAUUUUUUACAAUAUUUAUAUAUUCCUAUGUAUGAUAUGUAAAAAAUACAUUUAAUAUUUUAAUAUUUUGACAUUUAAAAAAAAAUAAAUGAAAAAAUGUUUUCAAUAAAUUUAAAUCAUUUGGAAAUGUUAUCCAAAAAUGUUAAAUAGAAGCCAAAAUCAGUGUGUGAUUUUUGAGGUUGGUUUAUAUAAACAUCACUAAAUGGCUGAUAAUCAUAUGGAAUUCAUCUGGACACAUUAAUUAGUUUGUGCUGCCCAGUAAAGCCACUCUACUUGUAAGCCGUCAUAUUUUCCCAUGAUACCUUUAUACUUGAGAUUUCAGACGUCAUAAUAUUUUUAGGUCAAUGACGCAAAAAUUAUAUAAUGGAGUAAUAGAAAAUAAUAUUUGAAGUAAUUUUGACUUAUCUUUUCAACUUUUUUUAACUACAUUGAAUGUGUUACAAUAGUUAAUGUUUUGUGAGCAUUUCAUGCUGUUUUUACAAUAGCAAGUGGUAGUCUCUGUACCCUGAAAUAUAUAAAACAUACAUAAAGGUAGAGAGGAAAAGGAGAGGGAUAAUAGAUAUAAAGACCACAAUUACCUUCUAGGUUAAAACAGUUGAUUGUAGAGAGUUAACAACUAACUGUAAAAUUUAGUUCAAAGUAUUUGGAUCUUAUUUUACAGUCAGAUUUCAGCUCUCCUCAACUCAUCUACAUCUAUUUCGUUUGUGUAUUUUGUAAAAAAAAAAAAAAAAAACAGUGUUGGAUGAAGUUAACACAUUUAAUUAUAUACAUUUGUGAAAGGACCUAAUUGACAGUGUUCCCUCUAGAAUACACUAUUCAGUUAUUUAAAUCUUAGUAUUUGUAACUAAAAACACAUCAACAAAUGUGUGUUAAGAAAUGUAGCGUUUACUUUAAUAUACUAUGCAUUUUUCAAAUGUAGUCCUCUUUCAAAAUGAAACUGAUGGCUGUACAUGAGCCCUAUUUUUAAUUAUUAUAUGGAUUGUGCGUUACAAAAUCAACUAAAAAUAAAUUGAUUAUCUAAAAAAUAAAACGACCAUCACAUGUUCGUUCCUUUAUUUGCCUGACUCCAUAUUGAAGAAGCUCCCAUUACUACGUGCUGUUCCUGCAAGGGCUUCAAAGAAUGCUGCUGUUUUAGGGAGUCUCCUGCAUUUUCUUUGCUUACUUUUAGUAUAGUACAUAAAGAGUUAACGUACCAUAUCUCACAAAAUAUUAUCAGUAUUUAUAAUCUAUUGGCCAAUCUAUUACAUCUCACAGCUUAUCUUGAAAUUAACACUUCUAUGAAGUAGAAAACGAGAGGAUACUGUAUUAACCCCUUUAGCACUGAAUCUGUGGUGUUCUGGGGGUUUGUAGUGUUACUCUAAAUUAAAUAAUUUGUAAACAAUUACAUUUAUGGCAGAUAUCAAUUCAAAUAAUGUUUUUAUCAAGGAAAACUCCAUCAUAAAAAGCCACUAAGAGCCUGUCCUGUGUAUGUGACCUGUUUGGAUUAGGGGUUGCAUAUGUAUGUAGCUAUAAUAAAAAGCAUUCAGAUUUAGGGACCUCCUUUUAUCUUACUUUUGUAACGGGAAUAGGUUUUUAUGAAGCUUUCAAUGGUCCUUUAAUUGUUCCAUGCUGGAUUGUUCAUUUAAGAGGGAACAUUGUUAAACGUGUUUUAUUGUAACAAUUAUAUAAUGGAACUGUAUUACUCUCUGUGUUAAUUUGUGCAGUUUUAACUUAUGAUGUCAUAAUAUUCUGCAAUAAUGUUUGUAUAAAUUGAGCACAUUAUAAUGCCAUGUUCGGCUAUUUAUACUCAAUUAGUAAACUGUAAAAUGUAUAUAUUUUGCUAAUAUGUUCAGACUACUUACACAUUUUCUUUCUUAAUAUAGAAAAUUACUCCCGCUUACAACAGAAAAACAGUAAAAAAUAGUAACAUAGAUCAAUGUUAUUAAUAUUAUUGUGUGCUUCAUCAUUAUGAUUUAUUUGUAAAUACACCUCAUUGAGUGGCACCUGAAACACUUUGCAGUAAGAAUUUACAUUGUAAGAAAGGUUUGCAUACAUAUAAUUACACACUGGGGUGAUUAUGACGCUUUAACUAGUGUAACUAUAUUUUGUCUGAAAUAUUAUUUGCUUUUGUUUUGUGUACUGUAAAACAUGUUAAUGUGUGCUAUAACUAUAAAAUAAAAUUUUAAAAAAGCAAAAAAACUGUGAAAUGUUAAUAUUGAUAAUAAAUGUCACUUUUCUUACAUGAUUACCUUUUUGACCCCUUCAAAUUAUUCCUGGAUAAUGACAAUCAAUCAAUAAAUGUUUAUAUAAAUCCUAUUGACGUUGUAUGUUUCCAUAAUUAUGUUAAUGAGUGGAUUACUCACAAGUGCUCAGCCAUGUUAUUAUUU